AUGGCUAAAGCGAUUAGCGAAAGGUAUUCCAAGACACAUUUCCUGCAAGGAGGGAACUUCCUUUUCCUGCCUGCAUGGCAACAGACCUGCUUUUUAUCAGAUCAAAACUGUUUAUUUCCAAUUGAGGGAUGCAGACUCAAAGAAGUUUUCUUUCCCAUCCAAAAAGUCUUUGGCUGAGAUAAUGAAACAGCCCUUUAAAAACUGAGCGCAUUCUGGUAAAUUCAGUUGAUAUGUAUCAACCCACACAUUUGGGGAAACAGGAUAAGGGGAGUUUAGCAACCUAUUCUUAAAUAACUCUGCAGUGUCUGGAAAGGGUCUGUCCCCACAUCUUCUCAUAGCAGGACAUUUCAGAGGACUAUUCCAUUCUGGCCUUUUUAUUUCCACUCCUGUCGUGUCACUGGCAGCUUACGUAAAUUGACUAUUUGUCCUUUUUCUGCAUUCUGUCAAAAUUUGAAUUUUUCGACAUUUGAAAGCAACUUCAGAACAUGGUUUGAAAACAACAACCACCUCAGACUCUCAUACAUUCCAAUAAAUAUGCACACGGUCUUUAUUUUGUAUCGGAUAUACUCAGUGCUUUUUUCGGGGGGGAUGCAGGGGUACGCAUAACGCAAACAUUUUGUGAAUCUAAGUUUGGCCUCAUUGAGGGGCAGUAUUUCAAUAUGAGUAGGAAAAGGACAGUACCCCUAAACAUUUUUUUAGGAAAAAAAGCACUGGAUAUACUGAUUUAAUACAAGCGGCACACAACAGAACAUGCUAGUCCAGUUAUUGAGAUAAAUGUGCAGUCAAAUGGCAAACCAGCACACUGGAGAAAACAAGCUUGCUCCAUCUUUCAUGUGACAGCCCUUUAGAUAUUUGAAGGUGGCUAUCAUAUCUCCUCUCAGGCUCCUCUUAUACAUAAACUGUUAUCCAGGCUAAACAUACUCAGUUCCAUUAACUGUUCCUCAUAAAGCUUGGUUUUCAGACCCUUAAUCAUCUUGGUUGCCCUCUGCACACGUUCAACAUCCUGUCAACAUCCUUUUUAAACUGUGUUGCCCAGAACUGGACACAGUACACCAGGUGUAUUUUGAUCAAGGCAAAAUAGAGCAAAACUAUCGGAACACUAUAUUUCUGUUGAUGCAGCCUAGAACAGCACUAGCUAGUCGCCCAAGUCGUUUAUAAAGACGUUGAACAACGAUAGCCCAGGACAGAAUUGUAUCGCAAGCCCACUUACCACUUUUUUCCAGGAUGGCAAGGAACUAUUAGUGAGCAGUCUUUGGGUUCAGUCAGUCAACCAGCUACAACUCCACCUAAAAAUGACCUCAUCCAGACCACAUUUUACCAGCUCCUCUGCAAGAAUAUCAUGGCGGACUUUGUCAAAAGCCUUACUGAAAGCUCCAUCCACAGAAUUGCCUUGACCCCCCAAGCUUAUCAAAAAAAUGGAAAUGUGAUUCAUCUGGCAUGACUUGGUUUUGCGAAACCUAUGCUGGGUUUAUUACUAUCACUGCAUCAUUUUCUAAUUGCUAACAGACAGACUGUUGAGGAUCUAUACUGGUAUCACCAUCAAGCUGAUAGGUUGCUAGUUACAUGGGUCUUCUCCCUCCCCCUUUUGAAAAUGGGGACAUUUACCUGCCUCCAGUGUGCAGGGACCUCAUCUUCACCUGUUCUAUAAUCUUUGAGAAGAUUAUAGACAGGGGCUCUGAGAUUACAUCCUAAUAAAAGGUAAGUGUGAAAGAAUUUAGGGUCACAUAUUAAUGGUACAGUACGCAUAGAUUAAAUUUGUCCAAAAAGUGUUCUUCCAAGUGCCCAUCUUCACAGAAGACCAAUGGACACCAUCCCAUAAUACUGGAUGAGGGAACUGAAAACCAAUUGUUGCAGUCCUGGUUAUAUAUAUAGUAGCUUUUUCAAAGCCCUUUCACGUUGGAAAUCUCCUUUGAAAGCUGUUUGCACAGCUAGAAAUUGUGGGUGUUUGGUUUAGGUUUUCGAAUUUUACAUGUGUGUUGUUGGCCUGUUUUAUUUAUUUGUGAACCACCCUGGGAUCUUUAUUGAGUAAGGGUGGCUUAGAAGUGCAGUCGAUCAAUCGACCGACCAAUCAAUCAAUCAAUCAAUCAAUGCUCUGUAAGAGUUGCUGCAGUGUGGCAUUGACAUUCAUCCCGUAGUGAAGAAUGUUGGUCAGCUUUAUAUUUAGUCUCCAGAGUUGACUUACACAAAAUUACCGAAGCUAUGAAAGCAGAACAGUCAUGAGAUGUGGCUGGUUGGUACUACUGGUCCUUUAAAAAGAAUGGUAGGGAUUGCCAAAAUUCGCUUAUCAAUCCCAUGUCCAGAGCAGAUAAAUGCCAGUGCCUGUGGUACUGCUGGUCAAUAAGGAAUGAGAGCUUUUGAUUGCAAAAAUACAGGGCCACUGGGCUGAGGACAGAGCCAAGACAAAAUCUGGAGGUACACUGUCAGAGCCAGAGUGGAACCUGAUGCAUUGUGGGUGAACAAUCUGGACAGAGGCAACUCCAGAUGGUGGUGCAUUUUCUGUGGGUCCAAAGUACACUCCAAUUCUCAACUAACAUAGGAUCUCUCUUCAAGGUCACUGCCUUGUCUGGUCCACAGACCUCUGUCCUUCCAGAUUAAGAGACUCGGUGAUGGCAGCUGGCCCAAGGCAUCCACAGCUUGUAGCUGUGGGUUUUGGUGGCUGGCUGGAUCACUGUUCUGACAGCAAUAGGGCAUAAUCUUUCUGCCCAGACCGGUGAAAUAGAGACUGAUUUGGUUGACAGCCCCCACUCCCACCCCCCAAAUUAGUCAACUGCAUUCUAAAAACGAAAACAGAUAAAAAAGGAACCGAUCAGCUGGAGGAAUGAAACAGAGUAAGGUGAGGCCAGAAGAAUCACUUAGUUGUCAGAAAUAGGAAAUCAUGAAGAAUAAUUGCACAGGACCCUACUGUGUUCUGGGGGGAGAGAGGGAGGGAGGGACUGUGUGUGUGUGUGUGUGUGUGUGUGUGUGUGUGUGUGUAGAUCUGUGCUUUGCAAUAGGAAAUGCUUUAUUAGCUGGGAGUGGUGGAGAAAAGCCAAGCAGGAAGAGGCAGUAAUAAGAAACAUUUUUAACUUCUCCCACCUCCAGAGCUUGCCAAACCACUGCUUUCAGAGCGAGAGGGAAAGUGCAGAGGGGACUGUAGAAAAGAAUCCUGGCUCCUGCUCCCCAUUUAAUCAACCCUGCUUUCGAUACGCCGGCCUCCCUGGGAUACGCUUUGCCAGAAAGGAGCUUCAGACUGAAUCAGGGGACGCUGCGCCUUUAAAGUUGGAAAAUUCAGGAAGGUUCGUACGGUCAUCGGAAAGGAGACCCAUGAUUCUGUAUCAGGCCAGGCAUACGAGAAUGGUGAGGAGCUGCCCAGGGUGAUCUAAAUACAUGCAUCUGCUGGUGUUUUUAAAAAACACACUUCAGACUUUGGUACCGAAGAAAACUUUUAGCCGAGGCCCGUUGAAAGCAGGAAGGCAACAGGAUACAGGACGUGCCUAAGCUUCACUCUCUUCCACCUACAUAGACUUCUGGGUAAGUUGGAUUCAAUGUUUCUGACAUUUUCAUUUUUACUUGAGGGGGGAUUUUUUUUUUAAAGAAGCUGUCAAGCAAAACAGGAAUUUCUAAGAUCCGAUCUUUAGGCACCAGGCCCCUCAUAAAAGAAUGGAGAAAAGAUUGAAACGUAUCACUGCUGAAAUCAAAUUCCUAGCAGCAUUUAGCAUCUUCAGUUUUUUCUAACCUGGCUCUCAGGCAGGACAGACCAGCUCCCUUGAGCUCCUCCACAAAACCAACUGGCCAUUGCUUGGACUCUUGUUGAGCUCAGCUCAGCUGGGGAUUAUGGCGAAAUCCUUGGGCAAAAACGCCGCAAGGACGAUGCUAGACAGCAGCACCAAAAUCGAAACAGAUGUUUCCAGGGGUGGGUUGAAAUAUUUCAUUUGUGGAUCGUGGGAAUCUGGGGGGGGGGGGUUGCCAGACCACUGGCAGUGAAAGCUGACCACAAUAAUAAUUAUGAUUUUUUUAUUUAUUUAUACCCCGCCCAUCUGCCUGGGUUUCCCCAGCCACUCUGGGUGGCUCCCAAUAGAAUAUUAAAAACACAAUAAAAGAUCAAACAUUAAAAACUUCCCUAAACAGAUGUCUUCUAAAAGUUAGAUAGAUGUUUAUUUCCUUGAAAUAUGAUGGGAGGGUGUUCCACAGGGCGGGCGCCACUACUGAGAAGGCCCUCUGCCUGGUUCCCUGUAACCUCACUUCUCACAGUGAAGGAACCUCCAGAAGGCCCUUGGAGCUGGACCCCAGGCUGAACGAUGGGAGUGGAGAUGCUCCUUCAGGUAUAAGAGCAGCUGUAAGAGGAUUUAUGGCAGUGGUGGAGAAUCUUGUGCCUUCCAGAUGUGUUUAGACAACAACACACAUCGGCUUGGACCAUUGGCAAUGCUAGCUGGGCCUCAUGGCAGUAGAGAGUCCAACAACACGUAGAGGGUCACUGGCUCCCUGUGUUGUAGUGAUUUUGUCUCUGUCUGCAUCUGAAAUUGAUAGGCAUGUCCAUUAAAAAUCUAUUUAGUGUGGCAUUCUUGAACACAGUGAAAGGGCAACCUGACAAAGCACAGGAUACAACUUUAUUAAUCCAGGUAGUAUAGAGAAAUUCUAAUUUCCUAAAUGAAUGGUUCCUGAGGAAGCUACAGAUUCCUGAAAAGGUUAAGUCAGCUACCACUGCAGAUGUGAGUCGUUGAUUCAAAAGCGGAAGCCCUAUUCAAAGGCUUCCACCUGCACAAUGGGGCUAUUCCCCCCUCUCCUCCCCCAUGCACCCCCCCUAAAAUUGGCUGGGGGCAGGGAAGGAGUCAGAAGAACCACCAGAACAUUAUGCAGGGAACGGAGAAGAGGAUUGCUCCAUCUGGCAAUCAAACAAUUGCCUUAGUGAGAUGCUGAAUUUGUCCCAUGUUGCAGGAAAACGGAGCUGAAAGGAGGAGGUUGCAGGAGGAUGGCAGUGGGUGGGGUAAGGGUUAAGCACUCCCCCCCCGCCCCAUUUUUCCACUUCAAAUCAUAUCCUCCCCCUUCUGCUUUUGCAGCUGUUUGGCAAAGGCUCAUAUCCAUAGGCACAGGGUUGCACCCCAAUGUCUGGUUCCAGCUAGGAACAGAUGAAUCUAUCCAUUUUGCUUUCUCUCAGUUUUCCUACCUUAAGUUCCGCGCUCUGAAUCUCCACACCAGUCUGUGAAUUUAUUUAAGUUUGCGAAAAUUUGUUAGCAUCACGGUGCUGAUUUGCCCUAAUAGUCACACCUUUAUGUAAUUUUACCUAAUACUGUACACAUAACUUUUGCGAGCAAAAGCGAAUCUCAUUUUAUUUCCGUUCAUGACAACAGAAACUAUGCCGUGAUUUACGUCAGUUUCUAAAAUGCAAAGCUGCACAUGCUCAGAGUAUUUCUUUCUUUCUUCUUAAAUUCUUUUAAUUAAUUUUCAGUAACCAAACAAAAAAACAAAGAAACAAACCAAAGAAAAAAGAAAACAUCAACCAAAACAGAAAACAUAAACAGACCAAAAAACAGACAUUAAUUAACAACAAAUAAUAGUUGACUUCCCUUCAUCUAGGUUUUGGGUUAUGUAAAAUAAUAAUUCCAUUCUGCAGUUUUCGUUUUAUAUCAUCUACGCAUCGCAAGAUGCUCAGAGUAUUUCUGCAAAUCACAUUUUCCUCGACCACUGGCCAGGCUGACUGGGGCUGAUUAGAGUUGUAGUCCAGGAACAACUGAAGAGACACAAGCAUCUGGUCCAACACAUCAGGAAUGUAGACACCCUUGUAAAGUGUGGAAUGGUGGGUGGGAAUGUAAAUUGUGUGCUUCACAACUAAAGUAAUACACAUGCCUAUCUAAGGGAGCCCCUGUAAGGCCAUUGGAUCAGAUCAGUUUAUUUGUACCUAGCCAUCACAGCUUCUCAAAACAAAAGUUUAGCAGUGUAAAAGUAGCAAAAGAUGACAUCAGGCCUAUUGAAGGCUUUUCUAUUCCAGCAAGCAUUUUAACAAAAUUCUGGUUUUAUAGUUUUAUCUGGUUUUUAUCUUUUUGCACCCUGCUUAGAGUUGAUUAUAAUUAAGUGGUAUAUAAAUUUUUCAGAUAAGUAAAUAAAACUCCCACCUGAGCAAAACUAUUGCAGUAAGCCCACAAUUUGCAUUCAUUUAACUUGUGCGCAUUUAGCUUUAUGCGUGUGGCAAAAAUUUGUAAAACAAUUAAAAAGAGGGCAGAAAGGGUACAGGGUUCCAGGAAAAAUGGGGUUUGGCUAUACGCAGUGCUAUUUUUCUAGAAAAAGAGGUGCUGGAACUCACCAUGAACGCCUCUCUUGUUCUCUAAUAAUGGCAAUGGCGCCCAUCUGAAAGGUUGCCAGAACUGAGUUCCAGAGAGUUCCUGCUGAAAAAAAGCCCUGACUAUACGCGGGUGGCGCUGUGGGUUAAACCACAGAGCCUAGGACUUGCCGAUCAGAAGGUCGGUGGUUCGAAUCCCUGUGACGGGGUGAGCUCCUGUUGCUCGGUCCCAGCUCCUGCCAACCUAGCAGUUCGAAAGCAGGUCAAAGUGCAAGUAGAUAAAUAGGUACCGCUCCAGCGGGAAGGUAAACGGCGUUUCCGUGCGCUGCUCUGGUUCGCCAGAAGCGGCUUAGUCAUGCUGGCCACAUGACCCGGAAGCUAUACGCCGGCUCCCUCGGCCAAUAAAGCGAGAUGAGCGCCGCAACCCCCGAGUCAGUCACGACUGGACCUAAUGGUCAGGGGUCCCUUUACCUUUACCUAUACACGGUUUUGGCUUUAGAUGCAAUCUCUGGAACAUAACCCCUACGUAAGUUGCUUCCUGUAUAUGCCAUUAAAUCUAAGGUCCAGACCUAUGCAGUUGCAGCGCUGCUUAUCAACAAAAUUGGCUGCCACAGACCCUGGGAUCUCGACAUUACUGAUUGGCGAUUCUCUCCCUCUUGCUGCCAGCCGGUUGACCCUCUCUGUAGGCUCCUCCUCCCUGUGCAAAGAAAAUGUAAGCAGGAACUGAGGAACUCUGUGAUGCAGGAUGGCACUCACCCUUCUGCAAAAAAAAUUAGGAGCAAUCAUUUUGCAGGAGACAGUGCUGGAUAUGAAGAAUUGUACAGCUCUCUGCUCCGAAUUAGUUUCUUGGUCCUUGUAAAUUGUUGCUUGGACAUCCGUCUUUAGGGUACUGCAUAUUAUUUUAAUUGCCUAACCAGGGUGGUGCUGGUUCAUCCAAGUUUCAUUGCAUAACUGAGAUCAGUGCCUCGCCUGGCUGCUAUUUAUGAAUAUGACUCAAGAUUAGUAGUGGGCAAAAUCUGUUAAUUUCGGUUUCUCUGACCUGCUCAUUUUUCUAGAGUAAAGUUCACUUCUACGCAUUUCCAAAUUAGUUCAGGAGUUGUUGGGGAGGGGGGGUUGUAGCUUGUUUUUAAUCCCUAUAAAAAUUAACCAGCAUUUUAGUGCGAUUGUCUCCUAAUACACACACUUUGCUGUACAAUUUCCCUCUAGUAUAUACAAACCCAUUUUGUGUAGUGUAAUGCAUUUUUGUGUGUAAUUUCACUAAUUUGUGCAUUUUUGUGUGCUAUUUUCACGAAUUUAUGCAUUUCAUGCACACUUUACCUCAGUAUAUGCUUUUUUGUACACAUUACUAGGCUGGAGAAGUGCAUUGUAAGAUUUGGGAAAGUGUGGAUUUAAAGGAAUGGCUAUCACAUUCAUCCGGUGCUAUACCAGCUGCACUGGCUCCCGGUGGAGUACAGGAUCAGGUUUAAGGUGCUGGUUUUAACCUUUAAAGCCCUAUACGGCCUAGGACCCUCGUACCUACGGGACCGCCUCUCCUGGUAUGUCCCACAGAGGAACUUACGGUCUGCAAAUAAAAACACCCUGAAGGUCCCAGGCCACAGAGAGGUUAGGCUGGCCUCAACUAGAGCCAGGGCCUUUUCAGCUGUGGCUCCGAUCCGGUGGAACACUCUGUCACAAGAGACCAGGGCCCUGCGGGACUUGACAUCUUUCUGCAGGGCCUGCAGGCCUUUGGUCAGAGCGCAGCCUGACUCCCUCCUCUGGCAAUCUGCACAGAAUUUUGCUUAACGGUUGCCAUCAAUUUGAUUUUAAUUAAUUUUUAUAAUGAAAUGUUUUUAGAAUGUUAGAUUAUUUGAUUGUUGUUAGCCGCCCUGAGCCCGGCUUCGGCUGGGGAGGGCGGGAUAUAAAUAAAAUUUUUUAUUAUUAUAUUAUUAUUAUGUUUCAGAUUAUGUAUUGUUUCAGGAAAUAAGAAUUUAGGUAGGCUUGCCUUGAAGUGCAAUCUGAAUAAAACAUCCAACAUUUCUCCAAUGAAAUUAGGGUCAUCCUAUUCAAUACUACUACUACUACUACUAGUAGUAGUAGUAAUAAUAAUAAUAAUAAUAAUAAUAAUUAUACCCCGACCAUCUGACUGACCACUUUGGGCAGCUUUUGAUAUAUAAAAACAUAAUAAAACAUUAAACGUUAAAAAAACUUCUGUAUACAGGACUGCCUUUAGAUGUCUUCUAAUGGUUGUAUAGUUAAUUAUCGCCCUUGGCUCAGGGGUUGCAUAACUCCAUACCCUCCAACGUUUCUCAGAUGAAAACAUCCUAAGGAAAAGCGGGACAUUCCAGGAUCAACUCAGAAACCGGGACAGCUUCUGUAAAUCUGGGACUGUCCCGGGAAAAAUGGAGACAUUUGGAGUGUCUGUAGAAUUGUAAGUGCAAACACACAUACACUCAUCUCGCAACAGUGAAUUAUGAAAGUUCAUUGUGCCGAUUUCUGAGUUGUGUUGCGGUGCGGCCCAGACAUGGGGAGCCUGAUGUUGUUGAACUUGGAUAAGCCACAGUCAGUAUAGUCAAAGGCAAGGGAUGAUGGAAGUUGGAGCCAACAGCAUCUGGAACACAGCUUUCCGCAACUCAAAAGGGUAAAAAAUGUUCAGUGGUACCUCGGUUUACGAACUUAAUCCUUUCCGGAAGUCCAUUCUUAAACCGAAACUGUUCUUAAACCAGGGCGUGCUUUUCCUAAUGAGGCCUCCCGCCACCGGUGCCCUUCCACCAUUUGGAUUCUGUUCUUAGACUGAGGUAAAGUUCACAAACCAGGACGCUACUUCCAGUUUGGCGGAGUUCAUAAACCGAAUAGUUUGUGAACAGCGCUGUUCUUAAACCGAGGUACCACUGUACUUUUAAAAUGUGUGGUGAGAUUUUCAUGCAUUUUGUAAAAAAAAAAUUAGGAAGCCGGCUGAAAUGACAAUACCUGUGAGGUAAACUCUAUUUUUUUUUCCAAAUUUUUUUAUUGAUUUUCACAAACACACCAACAAAUAAACAAACAAACAUAAAUCAUAACCUUAAGACUAAUCAUGUUAACAUUGUUAAGUGACUUCCUCAUAUCUCCCUAGUUGAAUUUCAAUGUAUAUCAUUUUAACGGUUUUCCAAAUCAAAAUUCUUGUAAUCUUAACUUGAUCACUUAACAUCUUUCUUUCUUAUCAAUUCAGCAUUAAACAUAUUAAUUCAUCACAUUACAUAUAUAAAUCAAGCCUAUUUGGUACUUGCAAGCUUUUUCCAAUUAAUUUAACUUAGCGUAUUUAACUAAAUAAUCAUUAAAUUUCUUCCAUUCUUCCUGGUACUCCUCCUCAUUCUGGUCACGGACUCUUCCGGUCAGGUCGCCUAGCUCCAAAAAACCAUCAUCUUCAUCUGCCAUACUUCCACAGUUGGUACUUCUUGCAUUUUCCAUUUCUUAGCUAGUAAAAUUUGAGCAGCAGUUGUGACAUACAAAAAUAAUUUAACAUCUUUCUUGGGCAAUUCUAAACCUGUUAACCUGUGAGGUAAACUCUAGGUGUCCUCUUAGGCCACCUACAUUUUUAGGGCACUAUGAUACCACUUUAAACAGCUGUGUCUUCUUCUCCCCCAAAGAACUCUGGUAGCUUUUAUGGAUGCUGAAAAUGGUUAGGAGGUCCCUAUUUCCCUCCCAGAGCUGUGGCUGGUGUAAUAAUAAAUCCCUCUUCACAGGAAACUCCGCGAGUUGUAGCGCUGUUAGCGGAAGAGGGGCCUUCCAACAACUCUCAAGUACAGUGGUACCUCGCAAGACGAAUGCCUCGCAAGACGGAAAACUCGCUAGACGAAAGGGUUUUUCGUUUUUUGAGCUGCUUCGCAAGACGAUUUUCCCUAUGGGCUUGCUUCGCAAGACGGAAACGUCUUGCAAGUUUGUUUCCUUUUUCUUAACACCGUUAAUACAGUUGCGACUUGACUUCGAGGAGCAACUCAUAGAACGCGGUGUGGUAGCCUUUUUGAGGUUUUUAAAGACUUUGGUGAUUUUUGAAGCUUUUCCAAAACUUUCCCGACACCGUGCUUCGCAAGACGACAAAAAUCGCAAGACGACAAAACUCGCGGAACGAAUUAAUUUCGUCUUGCGAGGCACCACUGUACAACUCCCAGAACUGGUUGGGGGAAGCCAUGACUGUUUAACGUGGCAUCGUAGCACCUUAAAAGCAUGGUGCGGAUGUGACUUUAGGUUGCAAAUCUGUCACCCAGUUGUGUACACUUCACUCCAUCAUAGGCACUCGGUUUUUAAAAAUAGCUGGUCAUUGCAGGGAGGACUGCACCCGUGGGAAAUUCUCCAGCCCCAAACCUUGAAACAAGGCCAAAUAUCAUCCUUGAAGUCACACACCCUGGAUUUAUUUUUUUAAUUUAAAAAAGGAACCAAGUCAUGAGUACUAUUUUGGCCCUCAAAAAGCAGAACCAACAAAUGCGUUUGAGGUUUCCAGCCACAGAAUCGUACUUGGCGUUUAUAGAGGACUUUUCUUCUUAUCAUCUUCUCAGCAAUCCUUACAAAGAUCCUGCAACGAGUAUUAUACUCGUGACAUAUUACAGAUUGGGAUGGGGGCAGAAGCAGCCAGCCCAGCAGCACGGGGGCAGGUCAGGGGCUGCAUUGCUGACUUGGUUUGCCAACACCGCACACCACUUCCGUUAAUAAUAAAAUAAUAAUAAUUUAUUAUUUAUACCCCAGCCACUCUGGGUGGCUUCCAACAGAAUAUUAAAAUACAAUAAUCUAUUAAACAUUAAAAGCUUCCCUAAACAGGGCUGCCGUCAGAUGUCUUCUAAAAGUCUGGUAGUUGUUUUUCUCUUUGACAUCUGGUGGGAGGGCGUUCCACAGGGCGGGUGCCACUACCGAGAAGGCGCUCUGCCUGGUUCCCUGUAACUUGGCUUCUCUCAGCAAGGGAACCACCAGAAGGAAAUAUACUCGGAGUUGAGUGUGAAUCUCAUGCUCUUUAUUCAGCUCAUAGUAGCAAUGAAUGAAACUUUCCCCAAAACGUCUAGCUAUAUACAGCAUACACAUUAUUUACACAAUGGGCCCCGUGUGAUUGGCUAAUUCCAGGCUGCUCCUAUAGGCCAAUCAGGUCACUGAUUCACUUCCCCCUGGAGCUGGAUUGGGUGGCUCCUGUGGACCAAUCAGACUGCUGCAUUCUGGAUCCUAUUGUUCUAGGAUUCAGCUCAGUACAUAACAUGUAGCGUUCAUUCUGAUUUGUUUGUGGGGAGGUUAUAUGAUGUUGUGUCGAGCACGUGUCAUCCCACAUUUUUUAGUGCAUUUUCCCAUCACUUUCCUUGUAGCAAAAUCUGGGCGUGGGUUUGGAUAUGUGCGGGGGUGGGGAUUGUUUGUUACACAAGAGUGCCAAGUCAACUUUCAUUGUGCCGUCCGAAUUAUCCACUAUGUGGCUGAAUCCCAACAGCGACAAAGGUACAAAGAGGAGGUCCUGUGAGUGUGGAAAUUGGGAUCCGUUCCCGUAAGCAAGCUGGCAAGCAGGAAAUGUGGCUUACGAGGAAACCUGCCAAAUUCUGCCUGCGGUGGAGCAACUGUGGAAUUGCUUCACCAUGCGGCCGGCUCACAAGCCUCAAACCGCAAUGACCGCUGCAUUUUUUCUGGUGUGUGGCUUCAGUGCACCCUGAAGGUGACCACAUCAGCACAUGCCAAAUGUUAGCACCCGUUCCAUUCAGCAGCAAAAUCCUGCACUGGCAGCAAGUUCCGACUUGUAUAAUCAGUUCCACUUCCUGCUCAGCUUCAUGUCAUUUAAGGGGUUUUUAAAUGUCAAAAACGAUGACCGUACGAUGAGCCCUGCUGAAUUGGAACAAGGGCCAUUCUAGUGCAGUAUCCUGCGUCCCAUGCAAUGGCCAACCAAAUAUCUCUGGAAAGCUCACUGGCAGGGCUUGAGGGCAAUAAUGGCCCUCUCCUGCUUUUGUUCCCAACAACUGGCCUUCAGAGGCACACUGAAUUGGGAGGGGGGUUCAUUUACCUGUCAGGGACGCGGGUGGCGCUGUGGCCCAAACCACAGAGCCUAGGGCUUGCCGAUCGGAAGGUCGGUGGUUCGAAUACCCGCGACGGAGUGAACUCCUAUUGCUUGGUCCUAGCUCUUGCCCAUCUAGCAGUUCAAAAGCACAUCAAGUGCAAGUAGAUAAAUAGGUACCACUCCAACGGGGAGGUAAACAGUGUUUCUGUGCGCUGCUCUGGUUCUCCAGAAGCGGCUUAGUCAUGCUGGCCACAUGACCCGGAAGCUGUACGCCGGCUCCUUCGGCCAAUAAAGCGAGAUGAGCGCCGCAACCCCAGAGUCAUCCGCGACUGGACCUAACGGUCAGGGGUACCUUUACCUUUACCUUUAUUUACCUGUCAUGACCAAGAAGAACCAUUGGUAGAGCUAUACUCCAUGCAUUUGUCUGUUGUUGUUGUUUAGUCAUUUAGUCGUGUCCGACUCUUCGUGACCCCAUGGACCAGAGCACGACAGGCACUCCUGUCUUCCACUGCCUCCCGCAGUUUGGUCAAACUCAUGCUGGUAGCUUCGAGAACACUAUCCAACCAUCUCGUCCUCUGUCGUCCCCUUCUCCUUGUGCCCUCCAUCUUUCCCAACAUCAGGGUCUUUUCCAGGGAGUCUUCUAUUCUCAUGAGGUGGCCAAAGUAUUGGAGCCUCAGCUUCAGGAUCUGUCCUUCCAGUGAGCACUCAGGGCUGAUUUCCUUAAGAAUGGAUAGGUUUGAUCUUCCUGCAGUCCAUGGGACUCUCAAGAGUCUCCUCCAGCACCAUAAUUCAAAAGCAUCAAUUCUUCGGCGAUCAGCCUUCUUUAUAGUCCAGCUCUCACUUCCAUACAUCACUACUGGGAAAACCAUACCUUUAACUAUACGGAUGUCUCUGCUUUUUAAGAUGCUGUCUAGGUUUGUCAUUGCUUUUCUCCCAAGAAGCAGGCGUCUUUUAAUUUUGUGGCUGCUGUCACCAUCUGCAGUGAUCUAGUGACCAAAAAUACAGGUAUUCGGUUCCCAUUAGCAUGCAAUAGAUGACUGGGAUUAUUAGAUAGAUAGAUAGAUAGAUAGACCAUUGAAGUGAUGCUUUGGCAAUCCAUUCAAAAGCUGUUAAGUGCACACGCAUACACUAUUAUUAUAUUUGCUGUCAUAGCUACGGCAUCCUUUAUCCCCUCCUGCAAGAACCGCCCAUGCCAGGGCACGGAAAUCCCACUUCCUGACUUCUGGAGAGUCUGCACGGUCCCCUUCCAGUGCGUUAGCCCUGAAGAGGCCCUGGACCUUGUUCUGGCAGCUUGUGGCCAACAGCAUGCUUGUUAGUAGAACUUAGGAUGAUUAAGCAGAUGUAAUGAAAAAAUAAAUACAUUACAGUAAGUUCUUUUAAUUGGCAAAUCCGAAGGUGCAGUAAACAUUUGCCCUUGUGGCUAUAUAAAUAGAAAUAUUUAUUUAAUGUCAUGAAAAGGGAAGGGGAGAGAAAGAGAGAGAUGCUGCAGUCCUGUUAUCCACUUGUACCAGAUUGCUAUUGCUCGCCCUUCUGCCUCAGGGUGAAUUUGCAGAAGUCAAUACCUGAGGUUGACAGGUUCUGAGCAUCACUUGAUUUUACGCUAGGCGGCUCCCUGGCUGCACACAGAUUGGUCCGGGAAAAUUAACUUGAGACUGGAUGAAGAGCUGCCACCAAUCAUUUGUGGAGAGUAGGCUACAGGAUGAGAUAUCUUUAUUUUAACAAUUAUUCUUAUUGAUUUUUCAAGUUUCGAUACAUAAUAUGUAAAUGAGAAGAAAACACAUUCAAUAACAUGAACUACAUAGUAAGAUACUGUAAGAAUAAGAUGUGAUUUCACCUGGUUUGGGACCAGAACUCAUUCCUGUUUAGGGAAGCUUUUAAUGUUUGAUGCGUUACUGUAUUUUAAUAUUUUGUUGGAAACCGCCCAGAGUGGCUGGGGAAGCCCAGCUAGAUGGGCAGGGUAUAAAUAAAUUAUUAUUAUUAUCAUCAUCAUCAUCAUCAUCAUCAUCAUCAUUGGCUGCAUCCACAUAAAGCGCUGGCCAUAAAUCAUGGUCAGGGAACUUAUUCUACACACAACCUACACACUGGGACGUGCAGGUCAGGCAGUCCACAUUUUACUCCUCCCUUUCUAGAGUGGGGAAACAAACUUAAGAGUGGCUGGCUGACUGCUAGAAACCAGCACUCAUUGGUUUUUAUCUCCAGAUGUAACACAAACAGAAGGCAAGGUUUGUUCUUGUUUUCCAGCUCACAUGGCAUGGUUGGAGGAAUCAGAUAGCAAAUGCUGGUUUGCACGUAAUAGCAAGCCAUCAGCUCCAUUAUAUGUUUCCCCACUCCAGAAAGGGUGGAUCAAAGUGAGGACUGCUCAAAGCGCAUACACAAGCACAGACAGGCUGACUUCCCUAAUGUUGGUUUAUUGGCAGAGUUACAGCCAAACUUGAUGGUUGUCAGAAUGUGCUGUGGCAAUGCGUUUUGUGGGCACAUGUGCAGAGCUGGAGAAGCAAUUCAAUUGUGUUUGCCUUUCAGUGAGAAACUACCCAAUCUGUGCUUCUCGGAGCAAUAUGCAAACCGAAACACAGCUAUCUUUCAAAAUCUGCAUGUCUCCAAAUUUCACAGUGAAGUUCUCUAGCCAACCAACGAAUACAAAAAUAUAUAUAUUAGGGGGAAAUGUGUGUAAAAUGAAUAUAUGAGUGAAAAUAACAUACAAAAAUGCCUUUUACGGGAAGUUGCUUUCAAAAAUGUGUGUAUUAGUCAAAACUGUGUACAAAUAUGUGGUUAUUAAGAGAAAUUCACAUUGAAAUACUAACAAUUUUUCACGAGCAAUUUUUAUCUUUAAAAAAAUCACAAAUUGCUGCAGGAAAGUGAGAGAAUUGAAUUUAUGAUUGGAAAAAUGCGAAACUUAAAGACUCCAAAUGGACAGAUUCUUCAUCCCUAGCCAUAUGUUAUUUGCCACAAAAUUUGUGGCGGUAAGUUUCCUCUGUAGCUUCCUUUGGCUUGACAGAGGGCAAAACAGUAUGCACACAACUUUUCACUUGUCUCCUCCUCUGUACAUGGGCUGUAAAAGAGAUGCGAGUGGCCCUGUGGUCUAAACUACGGAGCCUGUUGGGCUUGCUGAUCGGAAGGUCAGUGGUUCGAAUCGCUGCAACUGAGUGAGCUCCCAUUGCUCUGUCGCAGCUCCUGCCAACGUAGCAGCUUGAAAGCAGGCCAGUGCAAGUAGAUCAGGCAUGUCCAAAGUUCAUUUUGGGGGCCUAAUCAGGCCUGCCAGUCGGUUUAAUCCAGCCCCUGUGGCAGUUUAUUUCCUGGGGUAAAAAACCCUAAAAAAGGCUCAACAACUUUGGGGUAAAAUCAUAAAAAACUCAACAACUUCAAUCCUAAAAAAAAGGAUUUGGUGGGCCCUUUGGUUGGCCCUUCACUUCAUCAAAUCUUGCCCUCUUUGAAAAAAGUUUGGACACCACUGAAGUAGAUAAAUCGGGAAGGUAAACGGCAUUCGUGUGCACUCUGGUUUCCGUUAUGGCAUCGCGUUGUGCCGGAAGCGGUUUAGUCAUGCUGGCCACAUGACCCGGAAAGCUGUCUGUGGACAAACACUGGCUCCCUCGGCCUGAAAGCAAGAUGAACGCCACAACCCCAUAGUCGCCUUUGACUGGACUUAACUGUCCAGGGGUCCUUUACCUUUUUAAACGGGCUGCGAUGGAGCUGAUUUAUAGAAAUGCUCGAUUUGACGAUUCCCUGAUCUCAUCCAAGAAGGAUCUGGAGAGCAGUAGACACAAGAAGGCGCCUCUUUGGCGCAUCCUCCAGAGACUUCGAUGCAGACAGUGUCUAUGAGAACUAGAGAUCAGGCCAGUUGUGAAAUGACAAGGUCACAAGGUUCCCCAUCUCGGACAGAAAAAUCUGGGAUUCAGCAGCUGGAGCAAAGGCAAUGCUGAAGUGUUGUAGCUGUCGGGCUGUCCAAGAGGAUGAAAAUGAGCAGAAAUAGAGAACAGAGUGGGAGGAAAGAUGAUAGACAGAAAAUGUUUGAGCAUCCAGUCUGAUUUGUCAGCGGGGCAGUUGUACGACAAUGAGUAUUUAUCCUGAUUUAUGUUUACAUACAUUCACAUUAAUCAUUUGUUCCUCCCACACUUUCCAGGCCGCAAAAAGCCCAGUUCUCUUUUAAAGUGGAUUUGUUGUGCUGGGGAAACAGAGCCCUUUAAUCCAUAAUUGCCUGUGCAAAGCUCUGGUAUGCACCUGAAUCUUGCAAAAAGAGUCACAGUCUGGAGGUACACUUGAGGGAUGAAGAAAUGCAUUCAAAGGUGUGGAAUGAACUAAUUGUUAUGGAAGGCAUAUAACAGUCCUGUUGCAAGCAGAUCAAAUGAAUGCUCAUGGUUGUAUAACCGGUGCUAUUUUUUAAAGAAAAAGAGGUGCCAGAACUCACCAUGAAUGCCACCCUUGUCCUCUUAUAACACACCCUCCAACAUUUCUCUGAUGAAAAUAUGGAUGGCCUAAGGCAGGCAUGAGGGAUGUGGGUGGCGCUGUGGAUUGAACCACAGAGCCUAGGGCUUGCUGAUCAGAAGGUCGGCUGUUCGAAUCCCCGUGACGGGGUGAGCUCCCGUUGCUCGGUCCCUGCUCCUGCCAACCUAGCAGUUCGAAAGCACAUCAAAGUGCAAGUAGAUAAAUAGGUACUGCUCCGGCAGGAAGGUAAACGGCGUUUCCGUGUGCUGCUCUGGUUCUCCAGGAGCGGCUUAGUCAUGCUGGCCGCAUGACCUGGAAGCUGUACGCCGGCUCCCUCGGCCAAUAAAGCGAGAUGAGCGCCGCAACCCCAGAGUUGGCCACGACUGGACCUAAUGGUCAGGGGUCCCUUUACUUUUACCUUUAAGGCAGGCAUGAGCAAAGUCCGUUUCCGGAGUCUAAUUUGGCCCACUGGUUGGUUUAAUCCAGCCCCUGUGACAGAUUAUUUCCUGGGGUAAAAUCCUAAAAAAAACCUCUACAACUUUAACCCUAAAAGAAGAUCAGCAACCUCAAUCCUAAAAGAAGCUCAACAACUUUAUGGUUAAAUCCCCCAAAACUCAACAACUUCAAUCCUAAAAAGGUCAACAACUUUGGUCGGCCCUCACGCAUGUUCACUUCAUCAAAUCUGGCCCUCUUUGAAAAAAGUUUGGACACCCCUGGCCUAAGGAAAGCGGGACAUUCUGGGAUCAAAUCAGAAACCAGGACUGCUUUUGUAAAUCUGGGACUGUCCCUGGAAAAUAGGGACAUUUGGAAGGUCUGUUAUAAUGGCAAUGGUGCCCACCUGAGAGGUGCCGGAACUGUGUUCCUGCAAGCUCCGGCUGAAAAAAGCCAUGUGUAUAACCUCCAUGCAAACAAACCAGAACAAAUGCUCAAUCUAACCUCUGCAUGCUUUGGGCAAGCAAAUCAAGGUGCAUGCUCAGUAAACAGGUUGUCUGGAGGAGCCCAAAGACGGAAAUGAGAAGGGGGGGCGUUGUGCCAGAGAAGAGAGGGGAGGACCAGCUCUCGAUACAGACUUCUGAUUUGCAAGGAGCCAACAUUCCCUCUGCACAGGAUCUUGAUCUUAGUCUUCCUUUCUGAUAUCACUAUUUACAGGCCAAUGUUCUCUGAGCUUUAGCCUCAACUUCCCCUCCACCGGCAAAAACAAAGCAAGCUGUUCUGGGGGAGUUUCUAUUCUUCCUAGGCUGGAGCCCUGCAGCAUAUGCCUUUCUCUGAUAGAUCUUUGCAGACUGGUUGAACUCCCUUUGCUUGCAUAUCUCCCUUUCCACCCCCAAACAUCAAGGACAGAAUCUAAACAAUCUUGAUUCCUGUCCGGGCUGCAACGCCCUGGCUACACAGUGGAAUUCUUGAAUAGCAGGAAGCUGAGUGGUGACUUGUUUAUGCUAGGAAUUUGUGGGCGACGCAGGACAAGAACGGUCUCAGACUCUCAGGACCCAAAUUUUGCCUGUAUUGACGAAGGGGAAGCUUGCAGGAAUUGGAAGGGGCAUGGGUGAGGUCAAGACUCCCAUGGGUUUAGUUUGGCAAGAGUUUCUGUUUCACAAGGAAAUGAACAAACAAGCAAUCCAAAAAAACAAAACAGAAAAGCCCACCCAACCGCCUUCCCACUCCUGUCUCUUCAGUGGAGCAGCUGGAACAUUUCUGGAUUCCUGCAAAGAGUAUUUUUAUGUUAGUGAUAAGCCUGCGACAAAACCCCUGAGUCCCUGAAAUCAACAGCUGGCCUCAGCUCAUGGAGAUACAGAAGGGACAGCUUGGAGCACAGCCAGGCAGCGUAGCAUGAAAAAGAAUCCAAUCGCACAACAGUGCAGGAUGAACUCAGCAUCCUUUGAGGCCAGAUCUUUCCAAGAAGCAAAAUUAGAAACUCUUCUCUCCUUUAAAAACAACAAAAGUGAAAACCAGUACAGUGGUACCUGGAGUCAAACGGAAUCCGUUCCGGAAGUCCGUUCAACUUCCCAAACCAAGGUGCAGCUUCCGAUUGGCUGCAGGAAGCUCCUGCAGCCAAUCAGAAGCCGUGGAAGCCCGGUCAGACGUUCGGGUUCCAAAGAACGUUCGCAAACCGGAACACCGGUUCGCAGCAUUUAGGAGCCAAAACGUUUGACUUGCAAGAUGUUUGGGAUCCAAGGUACGACUGUAUACCCACAAUUGCAGCUCAGAACACUCCCCAUGUGAUGGGCAGGUUUUCUAAUUUAGCACACCAUCAUCUCCAGAUAGGGUUUUAUCAUGAAGAGUCAGUGAAUAGAAGACAGUGGCUGCUCAAAAAGCCUGCCUUCUCUUUGCAGACCUACCUGCAGAAUAGCUCCCUGCCCAACACCUUUGUGCUAAACAUGAACGACGAGAAGUGCUGUUCUCAUUUGGACAAGACAUCCUGUUCUCUGAAGGAUGCCUUCUUGCUUCUAAUAGUGACCUGAUUCUUCUGGUUAACUGUGCUGGCAUCCUUUAGUCCCCCACAGCACUGCAGUCUGCCUUCAGCCAGCCUGCCCAAGAUGGAGCCCGGUCUUCCUUUUUCCUUCUUCCUAGAACACUCACUAAAAACUCUCUUGUCCUGUCACCUCAUACCCUGCCAACCUUCCAAACUCCCAGUCUCUGUUCACACCUCAAGGCAAGGGGGAAGGAGAGUUCUCUUGCAUUGCUAGUGGCUCUCAAAGGCCCUGUAUUUUUUUCGUAAUGGUCCUAGCUUGGCCAGGUCAUUUUGCAUAGGCUUGCUCAGGAAUUCCUCUGCACCUUGUCUUUCUCCUUUCAUAUCCCAAAUAAUCAAAAUCCUACCAUUUAUUAAUUUCUAGGAUUUAGGGGGUACCACCCCCAAAUCUAUAAGUAUGCAGUCGUACCUUGGAAGUCAAACAGAAUCCGUUCCGGAAGUCCAUUUGACUUCCAAAACGUUUGGAAACCAAAGCGCAGCUUCUGAUUGGCUGCAGGAAGCUCCUGCAGCCAACUGGAAGCUGAAGAAGCCCCAUCAGACGUUUGGCUACCAAAAAUAGUUCGCAAACUGGAACAGUCAUUUCCGUGUUCGGGAGCCAAAACGUUCGCCUUGCAAGGUGUUUGGGAUCCAAGGUACGACUGUAUAACUCUGUGGUCAGUGUUCCCCAUCAGUUCAACAACACUCAACUUCGCACACCAGGUCCUGAGAGAUUAAGACUGUGGUCACCUCCCCUUCGUUCAGUUCCAUGCCCCAGAUGUUCUAGGGCAGACAUCUGAAGGCAGCCCUGUUUAGGGAAGCUUUUAAUGUUUCAUGUAUUACUGUAUUUUAAUAUUUGUUUGGAAGCUGCCCAGAGUGGCUGGGGAAGUCCAGCCAGAUGGGCGGGGUAUAAAUAUAUUAUUAUUAUUAUUAUUAUUAUUAUUAUUAUUGAAUACAUUUAAAAAUAGGUAAACGAAUAAAUCUCCAUGUAGCAUAUCUUUGGUGAGACAAAUGCAGUUAUCCUAUGUGUCUGAAAUGUUCUUCCAUGAUCCCCUUCCUUAACUCAUUCUGCCCUUUUUGUAGAGAAAAUGCGGCAAAGAGCUAUCGCUGGCCUUUUCGUGGCCAUCAUGAGCCUGCCAAGAAACAUCGAGGCGGCCGGAGGAAAAGGUGAGUGGGAGACAACUGUGUCAGGCAGAGUGGGGAGAGGCACAGAUUUUGGCAUCAGGCCCCCUUGCAAAAACAGCUGUUUGCCAAAGAGGCAGCUGUUUCUUAGAGACACUUAGCUUCAGGACUAGGCCCCACUAGCUACUCAGUGGCCUGAGUAGCUACAGCUGCUCAGGAUACUCCCCAAGUCAGCAUAUUUUAUAUUCAACAUCCUGUCCUUAUUUUCAUCAGAGAAAUGAAAUAAUAAUAAUAAUAAUAAUAAUAAUAAUAAUAAUAAUAAUUUAUUAUUUGUACCCCACCCAUCUGGCUGGGUUUCCCCAGCCACUCUGGGCUGGGGAAAGUAUGAUGAUGGACAGUAUGUAGUAGAGCCAGCCCUGUGCUCAGGUGGUCUUGCAGUCUCACCUGGGGGGAAACCGAUCACACCUAGACUUUCUGAGUUUUAGCAAGGGUGCUCUAUCAAGUGCUUUGUCCUACUGUAUGUGUUAAGUUGUGGGUGAACAUAUCAGACGACACAGCGAUUCUUCAACAGCUCUUGUUUAUUCACAGGCCAGAAUAGAACUGAACUGAAGGGUUCAGUCAGCCUGCUUAUAUAGAGCUCCACUACAACAUAACUGUAACAAAUUUCUAAAACUAUCCAAUCACUGAAUGUCACUUUCGAUCCCUUAUUUGCAUAACUAUCUACAGUAUCCCCCUGCUGGCCCAGGGUGAGAACUUCAGUACAUAACAGUAUGUAUCACUUCGAUUGUUCCUGCCUCCGGGACCUUUAAAACAGAAUACUGAGCAUAUUGUGGCUGUAGUGUUCUUUGGUUGGGCUAGGAGUAUGGACAGGGGCGUAGGAAGGGAGGUGCGGUGGAGGCGACCUGCCCCAGGUGCCAUCCCAGGGGGGGGGGCAAAAUCCCCUCUGAGCAAAUCGCACUGCCACGCCACAAUUGGACCUCCCCCGGAGGAUAGCACCACUGUGUCUGUCCAACAGGGCCUAGGCAGGAAACCAGGCUAGUUCAGGCACAGGGUAACAGGCAGGUUCCAGCAAGCAGCAAUGUUGAACGUGGGGCAAAGUCCGGCAGCCUUUUAUCUCGGACAGAGUAACGGCCGGUCCUGAUCCCCCAGUGACUCACCUCCCUGUCUUGCCCAAAGGCGAGCACUCCUCCUGCGAGUAAUCAGGUCUCUCCUUCUCUCAGACCUGAGUCUCUGCAGCUCGGGAGAUGUCGGUGGGUUACUAGACCCAGGGGGCACCUCAGCCUCCCCUGGUAGUGGAGCAGCUGUAAGUGAUGGCCCAGCUGAAGGCAACAAGGUAAUCUCUGCAUCUGGAGCCAGGGCAGGCUCAGGCCCCUGACUUGGCUCAGCUGAUGCUUGUUGCAGGGGAACCUGUGCAGACUGGGGCUCUUCAGAAUCAGGCCCCAGACUUGGUUCCGAUGCCACCUGAGGCAGAGAAUCCAGUGCGGACCGAGACUCCUCCGGUUCCGAGUCCGAGCCCGAGUCCCAGGCCAUUGGACCCCCACCAGGAGGAUCACACUGCCGUGCCCCGAACAGACCCCAUCCCCCGGGAAGAUCACCCCGCCCCACCACUCUGGGUGCAGGAACAGCUAGCUCCGCCACCGAAUAUGGAGGAUUGAACACAUCUGUCAAUUUACGUUGCUCCCAGUUUGUAAUUUUUCCUGUCUAAAGUUGUGUUCUCCACAUUUCCACAUCAGUUCCACCCCCCCCCCAAAAAAAGCUUAUGCAUUAUGGCUGCAUAACUAGCAGCUUAUUUCAAGUCAAUUGUCAUUACAUAAAUAAAUCAUAUUUCGUUUAUAAACUUCCCUAGUCCAUUUUACAUUUCUGUAUCAGUUUGUGAUUUUUAAAUUGAAAGACCAUACAGUGGUACCUCACAAGACAAAUGCCUCGCAAGACGGAAAACUCGCAAAACGUAAGGGUUUUUGGUUUUUUGAGUUGCUUCGCAAGACGAAUUUCCCUAUGGGCUUGCUUCGCAAGACGGAAACGGCGUGCAAGUUUGUUUCCUUUUUCUUAAAACCGUUAAUACAGUUGCGACUUGACUUCGAGGAGCAACUCAUAGCACGCGGUGUGGUAGCCUUUUUUGAGGUUUUUGAAGACUUUGGUGAUUUUUGAAGCUUUUCCAAAACUUUCCCGACACCGUGCUUCGCAAGACGGAAAAAAUCACAAGACGACAAAACUCGCGGAACGAAUUAAUUUCGUCUUGCGAGGCACCACUGUAACUGUUUUAGCGCAAAUGUCUCCUAAUAGAUGCCUUUUUGAACUCAAGUUUUCCUGUUUUACACAUUCUUGCAAGCAAUCUUCCCAAUGUAUUUCAUAUGCCAUUUUUACUAAUGUGUAUGCAUUUUAUGCACACUUUCCCUGAAUUUUCACGUUUUUGUACACGUAAUUUGGCUGGGGAACAGCACCCCCAAAUUCAGAGAAGUGUAGAUUUCAAAGGCUAGCUGUGAUUCAGUUUGCACAUCUUGUUUUGGAAAAUACAAAUCAGGUAGGUUUGUGGCAAAAUCUGAACCACGUUUCUCCAUGAUCCUUACUGGGCAGGGAAGAAUCAAAGGCUCAAACAUCAGGGGGAAACGCUGUCUUUCUUUUGUCUUCCUGCAGAUCUGCUGAACUGUGUGUGUGAACAUCCAAACUGUCUCAAUAGCACUUGUACAGGGAAGCUGUGUUUUGUGAGCAAGCAUCUGACUGAGGGGGUAAUGAUCCACAAGAAAGGAUGCCUUCAAUCCAUGUCUGAGUUCUGCAGAGGCUCCCACACGACAAAAACUGCCAUCAUAUGUUGCUCAACCGACAUGUGUAAUUUGAAUCGCACCAUCCAGUUACCAGGUACAGCUAUGCUUUCUCUUGCAGGGACCUAGCCUCGAGGAUUAUUACAUAGCUGUCAACCGUCCCUUAUUUGGCGGGAAAGUCCCUUAUUCCAGCGCUGUGUCCCGCUGCUGUCCCCUGUUGAUGAUGUCCCUUAAAUUUCCCGGGUUUCAAAGGAAGCAGCUCCUCUCUCUCCCUCCCUGCCGGCCAGGGAGGAGGGAGGCUCCAACUGUGUUGCUUGGCUGCGUUGCUCACCCAAUAAGGAGUCUAAGAACGACUGGGGGGUGGAGCUUGCAUGCCUUGUGCUGAUCAAAUCGGCCGCGUUGCCUGGGGACUCGCCUUUGCUCAGCGCUUCCCAGCGGAGAGAUGACGGUGGUUUUCCUUGCUGCAUCCCCUUUGCCGGGUUCAUGUGCUGUGGGAACCACCGCUUGAGGCUUCGUUUGGCUGCUGGCUGGGCUUUCUGCCUUUGGCUCGGAGGAGCCCAGAAGUUGAACAUAUCUGUGCUUGGAAAAUCCCUUAUUUUGGCUGCUGGUCCCUUAUUUUCAAAUCUGUAAGUUGACAGCUAUGGAUUAUUAUUAGCUCCCAUAGGUAGGAGAUCCCACAGGUAGUAGCUAGAUUGCCAUUUGAUUGGAGUGAAUGUCUGUCACCAAUUGAAGGUGGGGAGCAGGGAAAAAAACUUAAACACAUAGCAGAGUUUCCAAAAAAUAGACAAAGAGGCAAUUGUACUUCAUCCAGCAGAACUUUACUGAUACUGAAGGUAAAUGAGCAUAAUGGUCACAAAUCCAGUACAUUCAGGAUUGGCACGGUCCAUAAAAAUCCAGUUGCAGCAAAAAACAAUAAAACUUAAAAAUUGAUAAUAAGACUUAACCUUAACACUAAGCAUACAGAACAGAACACCAGAACAAAGAGAUAGAAAGAGAAAGUGAGUGAGACCCAGGGUCCUCCUGGUCUUACUAUUAUAGUCAGUACAACCUUGACCGAAACUUAACAGAACCAAUUUAAACCAGCUGUGUACACCUUCCCAGAGAAAUAACCAAAACAUCAGAAACCUUCUUCCUGUUUCUCUCACAUAGAAAUAAACCUAGAACAUUCCUGAACUAAUCAGAAUAGGAAAGAUCUCUACAUAACGGGUCAAUACUUUCUGUACUAGGAUGUAAGCAAGGGGAAGGUACAUUUUACCACAUGUGGUUGGAUUGCAAGAUUAUUAUUUUUUUAAAGGGAAAUUAGUCUUUUAAAAGAUGCCCCAUGCAACAUGUGUACACUGUAUCCACGGGGCCUCUUUUAAAGGACUCACCCUAUACAAUGAAUUGGGGGGGGGGAUGUUUAAAAUAAUGUUUGUUAAAAAGCCAGAAUCUUUUUUGUUAGCUAUUUUAGGACAAGAGUUGCCGAAAGAAAAAUGGACAUUAUUUAUGUAUGUUACAACACCAGCAAGAAUUUUAAUGGCACAAAACUAGAAAACCAGAAGGGAUGCAGGUGGCGCUGUGGGUUAAACCACAGAGCCUAGGACUUGCCGAUCAGAAGGUCGGUGGUUCGAAUCCCCGCGACGGCGUGAGCUCCCGUUGCUCAGUCCCUGCUCCUGCCAACCUAGCAUUUCAAAAGCAUGAAGUGCAAGUAGAUAAACAGGUACCACUCCAGCAGGAAGGUAAAUGGCAUUUCCGUGCGCUGCUCUGGUUCGCCAGAAGCGGCUCAGUCAUGCUGGCCACAUGACCCGGAAGCUGUACGCCGGCUCCCUCGGCCAAUAAAGCGAGAUGAGUGCGCAACCCCAGUGUCGGCCACGACUGGACCUAACGGUCAGGGGUCCCUUUACCUUUACCUUUAGAAGACCAGAGAAGUACCGUCAAAAGAACAAGGGCAAGAAAAGUUGAUGAACUAUGCAGAGUUAGCAAAGUUAACGGACAAACUGCGUGAAAAGGACAAUAGUGAUUUUGAAAAAGAAUGGGAGCCCUUUACAAUGUAUUUGCAGAAACAACAACAAAAAUGGACUCAUUGGCAGGAUUUAUUUUUUUUUUAUAAUUGAUAUUUAUUGAAUUUUCAAAGAAUAACAACAAAAAUUUCCAAAAAAAAUUUAAGGUACAAAAAACAAAAAUAGUACAUAAACAAAAAAGAAAAGAAAACCCAGCCGCAAAGAGAAAAAAAAAGAGAAACAGAAAAACAAAAAUAUAAAGUCCUUUACAAUCUCUAUUGACUUCCUUUCUAGACUUCCUCCUCCUCCCCUCUUUUGUUUCUUAAUUUUUAAUUUUUACAGCAAAUCCUUUCUGUUUUUCAUAACAAUCUGUCAUUACGUUUCCUUAUUCUAUUUUCCCUCUUGUCAUAUAAAAACUUUAAAACUCAUAGCUUAUAUUCAAUAUUUACCAAAUUCUUGCAUCAUUACCUUUUUACGAAUCAUUUACCAAUCCUUACUUAAGCCAUGUAAUUUCAUUCAACAUCCUUCAAACAUUUGUAAGCAUUCCCAAUAUUAACACGACAAAAAGAAAAAAUAUUAAGUCACAUUCAGGCCAGUCCGCUUCCAACCUCCCUCCCCUGGACCCGGGAUUGUCAGUCCUUUUAACCUCGAUAAUCCGGCUCCUUAACCUGGUUGUCUCGUAUCCGAGGCCCUCAAGUCUCUUUCUUGCCCCUUUCGCCACUCUUGUUGAUGAUUCCUUUCCAGUCGUGGAUGCUCCAGCAAGAAAAUGCUUUUGACCCUUUGCAGCAAGUCCAUCCCAAACCCAUUGCCCAAGCCAGACAGCAAAUAAUACCACUUCAAAUUUCCACAAAGCUUGGAGACUUCAGCUACUCCAAUCCUCUGAUAGCCCAUCACCAGACUCGGAAGGUCCAAAUAACCACAUGGAGGGGGUCGAUCCAUCCCCCAUUUCCAAAUCUGACCACAUUUCAUCUUUCCGAAUCUGGUUUGUCCCAAGUUCAUUUAUCAAGUUCAAAGGCUGAUCUUGCCCGUCCAAAGGUCCCUCCAUCUCUGAAGCCUCCGUCACUACAGCAGGUUCAUAUGCUUGUAUAGCCUUUAACUGAAUUUCAUUUGUUUGCUGCUGUGCUCUGGUAACUUCCAUCAUCAAGGUCGUCUCCUGACGCAUCUGGUCCAGCUGGGCACUUAGUUUUGAAAAACCUUCCAGGAACAAUUGUUCAAGCCUUUGUACUAGCAUUGUCCUUCAAGGUCAAAGAAAAUUCUUUCCCACGAGAAUAGUCCAAUAGUCCUUCUCUUUUAAUCUCUCUGCGUUGCAAUUUCACUAAAUUCCACUAGAUGGAUUUUUUUUUUUAAAGGAAUAAAAGCAACAGCAACAAUCUUUCUUUUUCCAGAAACACUUUAUCCAAAAUUCCCCCUUCCAAAUUCAAGAGGCAACAGUAGAAUCAAAAUGUUACCCUUCUUUUAACUAACUGUCGAGCUGGAUAAACUUCAGAACGUCAAUUCUGACAGCCCGCUCCUGGUUCAGGGCGGUGGAAAAUUGCUUUAUUUUAAACUCACUUCCGCAGGAUUGAAAAGUCCAAAUACAACCCCCUUCUUCUCCUGCAGUCAAAGGGGGUUCAGAAAUCUUAGAUGUUGAAUUCUAGUUCUCUUAGAAUUUAAUUUUCAAGCUUUAGUAUAUUUUGUCUUUGCUUUCUUCACAUAACAAAAGAACGGAAGGCGACUUCCUGUUUAGACCUUCCCAUUCCGAGUCCCAAUUAAGUUCAAUUUCAAGUCCAAUAUUAUUUGUUUAUUCACCAGUCUUAAAAGUGGUUCAACUCUUCCAAGAUCAGGUACUCACGGAUAGAUAUUUUAGAUGCCAAAUUGUCCAGGAAAAAGGCAGCGCUCUCCGAUAACGGCAGUGCGGCUUUGCUGCACGGAGGAAGCAGACGACUCACAGCACCACGCACCUCCCACUCCGGGCCCGUUGCCGGGCUCCUGCACUGGGAGAGAGCGCUCUCGGUGCCCGCCGAGUCCCACGUCCUCAGGCUUCUUCCGCCUGUGGUUUUUGCGGGUCCCCGCUGCGCCGUAGCGGCAGGACCCAAGCCUCCGUGCAGCGGGUUCCCUUCAGUCCGAAGGGAAUUCCGCCAUUUUCCGGAGGCGCCACCCCGGAAGUCUCAUUGGCAGGAUUUAAAUAAACAUUUACCAUUUUAUUUAUAGAGGACAAGAAGUAUAAGAAUAUGAUAACACAGUAUUAUAAACAAACAGCAGAAUGCAUCAUUUGAUGUAAUAAACCAGAAAUGGAAGCUGAGGGAAGGGAAAGGGGGAAAAUUGGAAAAUGAAUAUUUUGUAGUGAUAUUGGAUAUUUGUUAGGAGAAAAGAAAAUCAAAUUUAAAAAUUGUUUUAAAAUAAUACUUUCUGUACUAAGAAAUGAAUAGUGACAAUGCCAAGGGGACUCCUCACCAUUAGAGAAGCGACAAUAACCGAGUUCAUUUCCUUUCUUUCCAACCAGGUGAAGAAAAUCAGCCUGAAGAAGAGAGUCCUUCUCUUAAGAACCUUCUCCUGAUGACCCUGGUCCCCCUCUUCGCUUUUCUGGUUCUCGCUGCAUUGGUGGGGCUGUUUGUGUGGAAGGUGUUCCAGAACUGGCAGACACGGAUACGGUUGAGGUCCGAUGAUCUGGAAGACAUGGAUUUCAUACUGAAGGCAUCCACGCUUGGUGACAGUACCUUAAAAGUAAGUACAGUCAUACCUCGGGUUACAGACACUUCAGGUUGCGUUUUUUCAGGUUACGGACACGUCAAAACCCGGAAGUACCAGAACGAGUUUCGGCAGUCGCGCAUGCGCAGAAGCGCUAAAUUGCUCUUUGUGCAUGCGCAGACGCGCCGCUGCAGGUUGCGAACGCUGCAGGUUGCGAACAUGCCUCCCUCACAGAUCACGUUCGCAGCCCGAGCACCCACUGUACUCAGUACAGUGGUACCUCGGGUUAAGAACUUAAUUCGUUCCAGAGGUCCGUUCUUAACCUGAAACUGUUCUUAACCUGAAGCACCACUUUAGCUAAUGGGGCCUCCUGCUGCCACCGCGCCGCCGCCGCGCGAUUUCUGUUCUUAUCCUGAAGCAAAGGUCUUAACCCCGAGGUAAUAUUUCUGGGUUAGCGGAGUCUGUAACCUGAAGCGUCUGUAACCCAAGGAACCACUGUAAUAGCACCUCUGUCCCACCUGGCAUUGGACUGCAAGCUCACCUGAAGUCCCUUGAGCUUCUGUGAUCUCCCAGAAACUCGCUUCACUGCUGGUGGUGGGCUGGUGAAAAGUUUUGGUUUGAGCUUCCUAGCUGUGCUUCAAACCAGGAUCGGUGCCAACAGCUCCCAGAAUCCUUAGGGAAGAAUCCCUUGAGCCCAAACUUUCCAGCAGGUCCUCUCACUGAUGGACCCUCCUUCAAAAAUAAAUGCCUGGUGCUCUGAUCUGUGCCGGGUAUAGCUGGGAACAGCGGCCGUUUAAGAUUCCCACAAUGACCCUGGAAUUGAUUCCCUCAAAAGUCCUAAAUGGGGUAACUGUGCCCCUGAAGGACCAGGUGCGCAGCCUGGGAGUCAUUUUGGACUCACAGCUGUCCAUGCAGGCGCAGGUCAAUUCUGUGUCCAGGGCAGCUGUCUACCAGCUCCACCUGGUACGCAGGCUGAGACCCUACCUGCCCGCGGACUGUCUCGCCAGAGUGGUGCAUGCUCUAGUUAUCUCCCACUUGGACUACUGCAAUAUGCUCUAUGUGGGAGUACCUUUGAAGGUGACCCGGAAACUACAACUAAUCCAGAAUGCGGCAGCUAGACUGGUGACUGGGGGCGGCCGCCGAGACCACAUAACACCGGUCUUGAAAGACCUACAUUGGCUCCCAGUACGUUUCCGAGCACAGUUCAAAGUGUUGGUGUUGACCUUUAAAGCCCUAAACGGCCUCGGUCCAGUAUAUCUGAAGGAGCAUCUCCACCCCCAUCGUUCUGCCCGGACGCUGAGGUCCAGCGCCAAGGGCCUUCUGGCAGUUCCCUCAUUGCGAGAAGCAAAGCUACAGGGAACUAGGCAGAGGGCCUUCUCGGUAGUGGCACCCGCCCUGUGGAACGCCCUCCUAUCAGAUGUCAAAGAGAUAAACAACUACCUGACAUUCGGAACAGAAGCCCUGUUUAGGGAAGUUUUUAAUGUGCGACACCAGCCAGAUGGGCGGAGUAUAAAUAAUAAAUUAUUAUUAUUAUUAUUAUUAUUAUUAUUAGAAAGUUAAAUGGCAGGUAGACCACCUGCUCAGAGUGCGGGCAAUCUAUUGCUGCAUGGGCCUGUGACUUUUCCCCUCAUCCUGCUUUUCCUGUGGGAAUUUAGUUCCCAUUUAGCAGAGUUUUGCAGAAGACAGCCCUGGGUCCCACUCAGGAAGGCAAUUAAAGGCAUAACAAAUAGAGACACCUUCCAAGAAAUGUGGACCCCUUUCUUUAACCAAAAUCAAGACCUUCUUAUACCAACUGAAGGAAGGUGAGGACAGGUGACCUCAUCUAGGCCCAAAGUCAUCCCCCACCAAAGCAGGCUCAAAGCUUCUCAAAACUUUUCAAAAUCAUUUUCUCAGCAGCUAAGCAUCAGAAACAUUCCGCUCUGCUGUAACAAAGGUAGAGAACAGUCCAUUGUUUCUCAGGCCUUUCUCAUGUCUUCUGGCCUUGCUAAAGAACCACAUUGCAACUUACUUUCUGUCCGGGAACCAUGCCAGAACAAGAGAUUGAAACAUAUCUGAACAUGCUGAAAACCCCUUGGCUUCUCACCCCCCCCCUUUCCUGGGGAGGGUGCCAAGAGUCCACAAUAGUCCCAAGACAGCUUUCUGUUCAUGCUCAGAGGAACUCCUGAGGGAGGAGAAAGGGGGAGGGAACUGGAAAUGGGUAUAUAUGCUUGUGCACGUGACUGUGAACUUCGUGCAUGCUUUUUGUGACUUAUCACACUUGCUCCUUCUACCAGUUCAUGGAUGGUAGAAAUAAAAGCCUUUUCUCCGAAACUAUUCCUUGAGUGUCUGUUGACUCCCACUUCCCUUUCCCAGGCGCAAUAUUUUUCCCACCCGAGGGCAAAGCCUCAUAAGGCUACACAACCACUCAAUGUUCUCAGUGGACAGGUUACAUAAAGUAAUAUGUUUCUUGAAUGUGAAGUCUAUGUCUAGAGACAACCAAACACCAUUAGAUUUACAGCUGGACAUUUAAUGGUUAUUGCAUUUGUUUAAAAAUCAAUUAAAAAUUGUUUUUGAAAAGGCAGCCCUCGGUGGUUUGACGCUUUAAUUCUCUCUUUCCCACCUAUAAAAACUAUGCAAGACACUCUCUUUUAAAAUUUAAAUAACAUAUGACUUGAUGUACUUGCACUGGCAGAUUAGAUAUACAAUUCAGGUAGGUGAUACUUAAGUUGCUAAAAUAUCUUAUGUAGAUUUGCAUCUAAGACUAACUAACAUUUACACACCGAAUGGUACUCUGGCUCUGAGGCAGGCAGCAACAAACUUGCUGCUCUAACUGUUAGGACUGUUCAACUAACUGCCAUAACUAUACCAACUGCCACAGAGUGUAUGACGUCACAGAGAAAGGCAGAUGUUGAAAGCACUGAAAUGAUUCUCAUUAUUCUGAUUCUGAUUAUUUGAUUCUUUUUUCAAUUUCAGCCGUAGAUCUCAGGGGGGUUCUGUGACAAAAGUGCAUUGAAUACAGCUUGGUAGAUCCUUGUUAGCUGUUGCCAUUUCCCUGAAGUGUGUCUCGCUUGCCUUUCCUCUGUGUGUCACCGCUUGUUUCAAAUUGCAUUUAGAACCUGCUGAACGAUGACUGCACCACCGGGAGCGGCUCUGGGCUCCCCUUCCUCGUUCAAAGAACUGUGGCUCGGCAGAUCAGCCUGGUUGAAUGUGUUGGUAAGCAGCAAGAAACCCGGUGUGCAAAUUGUCACCAACCGAGAACUUAGAAUCAUAGAGUUGGAAGAGACCACAAGGGCCAUCGAGUCCAACCCCCUGCCAAGCAGGAAACACCAUCAGAGCACUCCUGACAUAUGGUUGUCAAGCCUCUGCUUAAAGACCUCCAAAGAAGGAGACUCCACCACACUCCUUGGCAGCAAAUUCCACUGUCGAACAGCUCUUACUGUCAGGAAGUUCUUCCUAAUGUUUAGGUGGAAUCUUCUUUCUUGUAGUUUGGAUCCAUUGCUCAGUGUCCGCUUCUCUGGAGCAGCAGAAAACAACCUUUCUCCCUCCUCUAUGUGACAUCCUUUUAUAUAUUUGAACAUGGCUAUCAUAUCACCCCUUAACCUCCUCUUCUAACUUCCUAACGCAUGUGAAAACAGGAUCAUAUUUUCCAGCUCUCUCCUAAACUCUGGUCUCUCGAGCCAUUCCUUAGCUCAGCAUUGUGUGGAAUUGCCAUCACAAAUAGCAAGCCCAAGAAAGAUGGUGUUUUGUGCAGAUUGUGCAUUCAGUCCUGUUUAGGGAAGUUUUUAAAGUUUGAUGUUUUGUCGCUUUCUAAUUAUUAUUAUUAUUCUGUUGGGAGCCACCCAGAGUGGCUGGGGAAACCCAGCCAGAUGGGCAGGGUAAAAAUAAUAUAUUAUUAUUAUUAUUAUUAUUAUUAUUAUUAUUAUUAUUAUUUUAUUUUUUUUUAAAUUUCUGUGACAAAACACACCUAUGAAUCAAACACCAGUUUGGCUUCAAAUGCUUACCUUAAAGGUGAACUUAAUUUGUUCAUGUGUUCAAGGAUGUUUUUUUUUUUAAGCAAACAUUUUGAAAACAGUUCAAAUAACUAUUCCAGGGACUGCAGGGAAGAGACACGAGUUGCUGUCAUCAGAAUUGGGCUUCUACGCUUUUUACAGUGACUGAACUGUAACCACUUUAUCCAUCACUCAUUUUGAGUGAGGAAAAAUUACAUGUGUAUUGACAGCAAUAAGGAAUCUUCUAAACGUUGUCUGUCUCUCAUGCUCAGUUAUGCAACUGACACCCUUCAGUUUUCGAUUCGGGACAGAAAAUCCCAUGCUCAAAGCCCAGAUCCAAUUAGCACAGUUGAUAUGACCACACCUUGUGCUGGCCUGUGGUUUUCUUCACGCCGUGGGAGACCUGUAUUUUAGGGGAAUGGACUGUCCAAAUUGUUUAACACAAGCAAAGGUUGCCAGUUUUGCAGAUCACCAUAAACCAGGUCAGCUUGGGAGAUCUCCAUUAUUACCCUUUACGCGGGUGGCGCUUUGGGUUAAACCACAGAGCCUAGGACUUGCCCCGUGACGGGGUGAGCUCCUGUUGCUCGGUCCCUGCUCCUGCCAACCUAGCAGUUCGAAAGCACAAAGUGCAAGUAGAUAAAUAGGGACCGCUCCGGCCGAAAGGUAAACAGCAUUUCCAUGCGCUGCUCUGGUUUGCCAGAUGCGGUUUAGUCAUGCUGGCCACAUGACCCAGAAGCUGUACGCUGGCUCCCUUAGCCAAUAAAGCGAGAUGAGCGCCGCAACCCCAGAGUCGGCCACGACUGGACCUAAUGGUCAGGGGUCCCUUUACCCCAUGUUUGCCUCAUGCUUAGGACUCGUCUGCUUUCUGCUAUCUCUAAGAUGCAUGAAGAGGCGGAGGACGGGGGGCGGUAGGGGCGCCCCCGUCCAGGUGUCAUCACUGAGGGGGGGUGACAUUCGGCACACCACCCACCGGCAACUCCCAAGUCUACCCCGAGCCAUUGGGCAAAGGGGCAGAAUUGCGCCGCUUUGCCCGCAGCCUUUCCCCCUUCAUUUUGACAGCUCAGGGGAGGCUUGGGAGUCGCGGGUGGGCGGUGCGCCAUCGCCCCCCCUCCUGGGCUGCUUCCUGAGGGGGGGAAGCCUCCCCCGAGCUGUCAAAAGGAAGAGGGAAGGGAGGAAGGCUACUGGCAAAGCGGCGUGGCUCCCUAAGGGCUCACCCCCUGGAACGCUCGCUGCGGUGCCCCUCUGGGACACUCACCCCUCCUGCGUGGGACGUUUGCCCCGCCCCCAUGGCUCCGCCCCCAUGCGCACAGCAUGUGUGCCAGUCCAGGUGCCGGAACAGCUAGCUCCGCCUCUGCCUGGGUGGCAAUUCCCACAUCGUCUCAGGCAAAAAUGGAUUCUGCAUCUCAAUGGCUGAUGCCUGUGGCACAGGAAAGAUAGAUAGAUAGAUGAUAGAUAGAUGAUAGAUAGAUAGAUAAACUUUAUUCGCAUUAGCCAACGGCCAUAGCAACAUAAAACAAGCAAUAUAUACAAUUAAAAAGACAACAAUGGGUAAAAGGAAAGAUGUAUGCUAACAUUCUUUAGUGUAUUUUUAUGCACCAGCUCAGGAUGAUGAACCUAGAUAGAGGUAAGCAAAACCUCGUGUGAAAACUGUCACCCCCACCCCCAACAGGCAAAGGACGAUAUGGGGAGGUGUGGCGUGCUACGUGGCAUGGGGAAAAUGUGGCGGUCAAGAUCUUCUCGUCCCGGGAUGAGCAGUCGUGGUUCCGUGAGACAGAGAUCUACAACACCGUGCUGCUGAGGCAUGACAACAUCUUAGGUGAGCAGAAAUGGGGCAGUUUUUCCAGAAAUGUCAGCACAGAUAAAUCAGUAUUGUCAAUGCUUUUUUUUUUUUAGCCAGAGCGCAGUUCUGACACCUUUUAUUUUUAAAAAGCACUAAAUAUAUAUACAGUGGAACCUUGGUUCUUGAAUGCCUUGGUACUCAAACAUUUCAGCUCCCGAACUCUGAAAACCCGGAAGUAAGUGUUUUGGCUUUUGAACAUUUUUCAGAAGCCAAAUGUCUGAUGCAGCUGUCGGCUAUUGUUUCCGGGGCACCUGCGCCAUUCGGAAGCCGCGCCUUGGUUUUCGAACGUUUCAGAAGUCAAACAGACUUCGGGAAUGGAUUACAUUCAAGAACCAAGGUACCACUGUAUAUAAAGUCUUCAAAAUUUACAAUUUCUGAAUUUUGCCAUUCAUUUCACUAACCAAGUAACGUGUACAGAAAUGAAUAUACUAGGGCAAAGUGCAUAAAAAUGUGUGUGCUUGGGAAGAUAACAUACAGAAGUGCAUUGUAUUAGGGAAAAAUAUGAAUGUGCUUUGCAGAAUCUAUAUAUUGGGCAAAAUUGCCACAAAAAUCUGUAUAUUAGGAGAAAUAAGCCCUAAAAUCCUGGUGAAUUUUAAUAGGUGCUUUUGAAAAUAGAGGUCACAAACCAGUACGGAAAUGUUGAAAACUCCAGAUUGGGAAAAAUGAAGAACUAAGCAAAACCGCAACGGCAGUAUUUGUCCAUCCCUACCUCACAUCUCCUUUAUUUUCUCCUCCUUCUGCCUCUGUGCAGUCACAGAUAGCAAACCUGGGAGAUGCCUUUGUUUGGAAUCGUGAAGAGUGAGUUUGAGGCCUACUGCCAGUCAUAGCAGAGUAUUGAGGAUAAUGGGCUGUGGGUCCAACAGCAUAGCAUCUAUUCUCAGUUCACCAAUCCCCUCCUUCAGUUUUUACUCUUGUCUGCAAUCCCUUCCUAGUUAUCCUAGCUCAGGCAUAGGCAAACUCGGCCCUCCAUAUGUUCUGGGACUACAACUCCCAUCAUCCCUGACCACUGGUCCUGUUAGCUAGGGGUGAUGGGAGUUGUAGUCCCAAAACAUCUGGAGGGCCGAAUUUGCCUAUGCCUGUCCUAGCUUCACCUUUUCCUGCUUCUCUCCCUUUCUCCUCCAUCCUUCUUAUUUCACAUACCCCUCACUCUCACAACCCGCUCCUAAAAUUUCCUUAGGGGAAAACAGGCAGCCAUUUUGCAUUUCUUUCUGAAGCACCUUGAUCAUUCAUGCCCACUCCUGAUUUCUGCCCUCCUUCAACCGACCGCAGGAUUCAUUGCCUCCGACAUGACCUCCAGGAACUCCAGCACCCAGCUGUGGCUGAUCACCCACUACCAUGAGCACGGCUCCCUCUACGACUACCUUCAGCACACAGCACUGAAUGUGGAGAGCUGCCUGCUCUUUGCCAACUCCAUCAUCUGCGGCCUCCUCCAUCUCCACGUGGAGAUCUUUGGUACCCAGGGCAAGCCAGCCAUUGCUCACCGGGACCUAAAGAGUAGGAACAUCUUAGUCAAGAACAACAAGCAGUGCUGCAUCGCUGAUCUGGGUAAGUAGACUUCAGGUGCUGAGGUGGCGCACUGGAAAUGCUGGUCCAACCUCUGCUUAAGGAAUUAGAAAGCUUUUGAGGGGAAGAAGAGAGUCAUGGGGAAGUCUGGCUCCCGCAUCUUCCAAGUGAUGAAAAAGAAAGGUAAAGGUAAAGGACCCCUGGAUGGUUAAGUCCAGUCAAAGGCGACUAUGGGGUUGCGGCGCUCAUCUCGCUUUCAGGCCGAGGGAGCUGGCGUUUGUCCACAGACAGCUUUCCGAGUCAUGUGGCCAGCAUGACUAAACCGCUUCUGGCGCAACAGAAACCAGAGCGCAUGGAAAUGCUGUUUAUCUUCCCACUGCAGUGGUACCUAUUUAUCUACUUGCACUGGUGUGCUUUCCAACUGCUAGGUGGGCAGGAGCUGGGACAGAGCAACGGGAGCUCAACCCGUCACAGGGAUUGGAACCGCCGACCUUCUGAUCGGCAAGCCCAAGAUGCUCAGUGGUUUAGACCACAGCGCCACCCGCGUCCCCUUUCCAAGUGAUUACACACAAGUGGGCACACAGAAAGGCAGGCAGGUGGGCUGCUAGCCAGGGGCGGAGCUACGUGCCCCAGCACCAUGGGAUGGGGCUAGCUGCCAGCACGGCGAGUGGGGGGGCACUGUUUGCCACCUGCGCCAGUGUCGACCCUAGCGGCAUGCCGCCCGUGCAGCGAGCAUCCGGGGUGCUGCCCAUGCCACAAGCAUGGGGGGUGGCAUGGCGAUGUCACCUGCCGUCAUGGCUAAUACCCGGUGCGCACCACAGACCCCCCACCUGCCUUCCUCCAUCAGUGCUGCCAGCCACUCCAAGCCAGAAUGGAGAGGUGUGGUUUUCGUGUAGGGAUGUGAAUAGUUGCUAGGUGAGGGUAUAUUUAUUGGCUAUUAUCCUUCCUCGUGUUUGUGAGUCCAGCAGAGUGUGUCCCUUUGUGGACUAUAUGGAACUGGCUGAGAUGACCGGCAGAAUUUGAGACCAGGGAGAAGGGUCGAUGGAAGAAGAUUGGAAAAAAUUCAAAAUAUAUCUUCAAAAGUAUUGCAAUAUAAAAGAAUGUUAGAAGGAGGUUGGAAAAAGAAUAUUAGGUCGUUUCGGUAGAUACGAUAUAAUGGAAUAAGUAAAGAUGAGUUGAUGAAUUUGAUGAAAUAGAGGAGGUUUAAUUAUAUUACUUUAAUUUUAAAAUACGUAAAUGAAAAUAAGAUUAGAGGGAUUUGCUGGAAAUACGAUUUGAACUAGAAUACAAAAUUGGGAGGUGAGAGGAGGUCAAUGGAAAUAAGUAAAGGGAAAAGGAUAUGUAAAGGUUUAACCUGCUUUUGUUUUAUUUUUAACUUAAUACAUUUUUAUAUUUUUGUUAAGUUCUCUUUUUAUUCUAUAUUUUUGUUGUUUUUACUUGUUUAUUUUUUGCUCUGUUAUGGUCAAAGUUUUCUUUGUACUCUGUAUGGUUUUUCUUUUUUUCUGUGAUUUUAAAUUUGGAAUAAAUAUUAUUUUUUUAAAAAAACAGAGUGUGUCCCUUUGCAGCUUAAAAGGGAAGCUUAGAUAGGCUAGUUUUAGCCUUUUAGCAAUCCAGGGUGCUUUAAGGCAGACUGGAUUCUCCUGCUAUUCCCCCCCUCCCUUAAAACAAUAAUCACACAAACAGUCUUGUAAAAUGUGAAAAUAACAUUUACUCACUCAGAAUACUUGUUGAUGAGUAACAAAUACAGUGGUACCUCGGGUUACAUACGCUUCAGGUUACAUACACUUCAGGUUACACACUCUGCUAAAUCAGAAAUAGUGCUUCAGGUUAAGAACUUUGCUUCAGGAUAAGAACAGAAAUCGGGCUCUGGCGGCGCGGCGGCAGCAGGAGGCCCCAUUAGCUAAAGUGGUGCUUCAGGUUAAGAACCGUUUCAGGUUAAGAACGGACCUCUGGAACGAAUUAAGUACUUAACCCGAGGUACCACUGUACAGCAGCUUUGUUCAGACAGACUUAAAACAGUAAUUCAGUUACUAGUAUAUGCUUUAGUCUUAGCAUAAGUUGGCAGGAUGUUGUAACAGGUUCAUCGGUUGCCAUCAUAGACCAGCAUUCUUCUAACCAUUGGCACUGUUUCUCCCUCAGGUCUGGCAGUCAUGCAUUCCCAGAGCAGCGACUACUUGGACAUUGGAAACAACCCAAGGGUGGGCACAAAACGUUACAUGGCGCCUGAAGUUUUAGAUGAACAGAUUCAAAUGGACCGCUUUGAAUCCUUCAAGCGGACCGACAUUUGGGCAUAUGGCCUCGUCCUCUGGGAGAUAGCCCGGAGAACUGUCGUUAACGGUAAGGGGACCAUUAAUUCAAGGUUCAAAUAUAAUGAAGUUGUUUUGUCAAUCCCACUCUUUUUACGAUGGCCAUAAAGGACUUCUUUCUGACUCCCUAGCCCAGAGAUGGGAAACCUGUGGCUGUCCAUAUGUUGUUGGACUGCUGGCUCCUCAACCUUGUCCUAAGCCAUAGCAUGUGGCUUGUUUUCCAAGCUUUUCUCUAAAAACAUUUUAAGCAUUUUUAACCAGUUCAUUAACCAAAAGGGCUCCCGGAGUGGCUUACAUCAGAUCAGCAAAAGCAGUAACAGUCCCUGCUGUCUUAUUAGAUCAGGGACUCGGCUAUACAGCUGCAAAUCAAACCUUUUAAGCGUGUUGUAAGGUGCGUUACACAAAUGUGACACUACACGGCAAUAGUGAGCUAUGGGACAUUCAAUAUAUUUUUCAAAGUGUUUUUGUUUUUUUAAAGCUUUCUCGCAAGGUUUUUUAUAUGUGUCUAGAUUCCUCCAGGACAUCCGAAGUCCCAUCUGGACUCGCCCCGCCCCCCUGCCAGCAAAUACCUCUGGAAAGUUCUGUCUCCAUCCCACAGCAAUUGACCAUGUGCAUUUUACCAUUCUAUGCAGUGCUUGGCUUCUGGUACGUUGCCUCUCUCCUCUGUUGGAGGCAGCAUGCCUCUGAACAUCAGUGGCUGGGACUCGGAGGUGUGGAGAAUGCUGUUGUGCUUAAAUCCUGCUUGCAGGUUUCUCAUAGGGGCACCCGGUUCGUGUGCUCUAUGGGUCUUCAUCUGUCCCUGGCCAGAGUCACGUGGAGUGCUGUGCGCCCGGCUUUGCAAUCUCCAAUGAUCAGCUGAAUGUUGGCAUUUUGCAAGCUGUGCCUUUUCCUGCACGGUUUUAUUUCAAACCAUGCGGGCAAAAAACAGGUCUGUCCCCCACAAAUCAUGCUGGCAUGUGAUUGAAAGGUGGGUGGGUCAGGGAGAUCAAGAUCUGGCUCCCCUAGCUAGAUCCAGUUUCCCAACCCUGCUGUAACAUCUCAGACAGACAGCCUGUCUAAAUUGUCAAUUUAGGAUUGAAAAUAGCAGCUGCAGCCAGAGAAUGCAAAGGGGAGGACAGCUAUACACCACCAUCUCCCUUUGCAUUUGGCUCCCUGCGCAGGAAUAAUCACUAAUCAGGCUUGUUAAUGCGAAGGCUUUCGGCUGGUCUAGUUGGAUGGAGGCUUCUCUUUUAUUUUCCUUUUCCACGCGAAUGAUUAGCUGUAAAUUAUAAACACUGUAAUCUAGUGUCAGCGCCAGGCUUACUGAUUAAAGGGACCAUUAGACUCAAUCAGCACUUUGUUUGUUCAGCUCUGAUUAGGAAACAAGCAGCAUCGCAGCUCAGUCUGGCAAUGGGCCACGUCCAUGGAACUUCUGCUAUCCCCCAGCCAAUCCUGCAGGGGAAUCGCAGCAAAGCCUUCAUAAGGAUGCAGAGGCCUCCGAGAAACGGCUUCUUGUCCUGUUUCUCCCCGUAUGCAUUCAUGUAGGAAAGAGGCCAGAACCUGAUCUUCGCUAGGGAACUUUGCAGGGUGAAAAUGGUGCAAUUCUCAUACCCUCCGACAUUUCUCCGAAGGAAAUAGGGACAUUUAUUCCAUACCUUCCAACAUUUAUCCAGUGAAAGUUUUGCUGUUUAGUCGUGUCCAACUCUUUGUGACCCCAUGGACCAGAGCACACCAGGCACUUCUGUCUUCCACUGCCUCCCGCAGUUUGGUCAAACUCAUGCUGGUAGCUUCGAGAACACUGUCCAACCAUCUCGUCCUCUGUCGUCCCCUUCUCCUUGGGCCCUCCAUCUUUCCCAACAUCAGGGUCUUUUCCAGUGAGUCUUCUCUUCUCAUGAGGUGGCCAAAGUAUUGGAGCCUCAGCUCCAGGAUCUGUCCUUCCAGUGAGCACUCAGGGCUGAUUUCCUUAAGAAUGGAUCGGUUUGAUCUGCUUGCGGUCCAUGGGACUCUCAAGAGUCUCCUCCAGCACCAUAAUUCAAAAGCAUCAAUUCUUCGGCAAUCAGCCUUCUUUAUGGUCCAGCUCUCACUUCCAUACAUCACUACUGGGAAAACCAUAGCUUUAACUAUACAGACCUUUGGCGGCAAGGUGAUGUCUCUGCUUUUAACGUCCUAAGGAAAAGUGGGACAUUCCAGGAUCAAAUCAGAAACCUGGAUGGCUUCCGUAAAUCCAUUACUGUGCCUGGAAAACAGGGACACUUGGAGGGUUUCCUGAAUUUUGCAGUGCGUGCAGGUUCCCUGUAAAUAAUGGAAUGAUGUAGACGGAGGUUUGGUGCAGCUGCUAUUUAGUCUUCAUGCAGGGAAGAACAGAGUCAAAAAGUAAGGGAAUGCCAAAUGAGAGACAGUGCGCUGCUGGUGAGAGAGAUGGGUUAGGACUGGGGAGACCUGAGUUCUGAUCUCCCCCCCAGGCAUGGAAGUUAUUUUGGGCAGCUUCUAGGCUGGUUGUUUAUUGAGCAUCCUUCCAGAUAGAUUUGUGUGGUGGUUACACAACAUUGUCAGCUAGGGGUUGUUGUUCUGCACUUUACAACACAAUUUCCCAUCAUUUUUCGUAUCUUAAUUGCACUGGAAGGUGCUAGAUAACAGCUAGAUCUUGUACAACUCAGAAAACCCAUCUGGAAGCAUCUUAGAUGAGCCUAGGCCAAUCAUUUUUCAUAGCCUAACAGACUUCACAAGGUUGUUAUGAGAAUAAACUGUGGGUUGAGGGAGACCCAUGUGCACUGCCCUGAGCUCUUUAGAGAAAGGAGCUACAUUAUUUAUUAUUAGUAAUAAUAAACCCAUCCCAAUCUCUUGCCCAUAGAGAAGGUAUUGGAGGCACAGUCUGCCUGAUACUAAGGUCCAAGAUUCAGAACUAUGCGUCCUGAAAUCAUGAUGUUAACUUGUUCCUGUGGCUUGGAUGCUUCUCAGUUUACAAUGAUGUCAGCCAGGGUUCACCCUGACCUUUCCCUGUGGGGAAUUUCUAUUAUAGGUGAAGCAGCAGUUUGCUAAUUCUCAGCCCUACCUGCCCCCAGAAAUGAGAGGCUGAAAAGAAAACACUUGUUAAUUAAAAAGCAAAAAGAAUCUCCUAGUCAAAGCACAGAUUGGCCGGGCUAAUCCUAUAUCUCUCUUUUGGAAUAGGCACUGCCCAUUAAUAAGCCUAUUAUAUUCACAGUGCACGACCUUAAUUGGAUGCCUGUUAACUGUUAAGUGCCUAAUGUGACUAUAUGCCUGCACACAUAUGCCAGCAGAAACACACACAAUCUCUACCAAAUGUGGAGUCCUAUACAAAAAAUAUAGAGAAAUCGUUGCUUGCUUUGAUUACUGUUUUGAUGGGCCUGAUCAUCCACAGCAUUGACAGUUCUUUUUUUAGUUAUAACAAGGCACAGUGCGACAUUUCGCUGGGCUUUGGGGCAAUCAAUAUUUAAGAAACCCAGAAAACACAAUGUCAGCGAGCCCCAAAUGGUUAAAGUCUCCAGUGCUAAAGACAUAUGGAGCCAAUUAGCAUUGGAAUGGAUUAACAAACAAAAGACCAGCUGCCAGAGCUUCUAGGUGAGAGGAGAUUUUGGCCACCAGGUGGUGCCAAAGGCACAAGGCUUUAGGAACAAUGGCCUCUUGCCAUUUGGUUGGCAACCCCUUGAAAAUAACUUGUCGGAGGUGGAGACUAGUUUGAGCUUUGGGGCGGGGGAGCUGCACCCUGGUCAGCCUCGCAGGACCAUUGGCCCAGGCGACACUUCCUGCUGAGUUCUCAACCAAAUCCUUUUUUGUUACGGGGUUUUGUAAGCUUAGAAAGAAAGGCGAGUCUUCUUCUUCUUUGGCGUUUAUCGUAGCCAAGUAAGAUUGUCUUCCAUAAAUACGGUUUUGUUAAUGAGUCCGUAAGUAACUGUGGAGGGACGCGGGUGGCGCUGUGGGUAAAUCCUCAGCGCCUAGGGCUUGCCGAUCGCACGGUCGGCGGUUCGAAUCCCCGCGGCAGGGUGAGCUCUCGUCUGCGGUCCCAGCUCCUGCCCACCCUAAAGUGCAAGUAGAUAAAUAGGUACCGCUUUCUAGCGGGAAGGUAAACAGCGUUUCCGUGUGCUGCGCUGGUGCCAGCUCGCCAGAGCAGCUUCGUCACGCUGGCCACGUGACCCGGAAGUGUCUGCGGACAGCGCUGGCCCCUGGCCUCUUAAGUGAGAUGGGCGCACAACCCUAGAGUCGGACACGACUGGCCCGUACGGGCAGGGGUACCUUUACCUUUUACCUUUAAGUAACUGUGGAGGCCAAUUCUGGAUCCACACGUCCUUCCACAGUGGCGACAUAGGUUUCCGGGCGGGAGCUGAUCACGGUGAGGGUUUGCCAAGCGUGUCUUCCUCUUGGCACGUUUCUCCCUUUUGUCCUGGGUUCGAGCGUCUUCAAAGUCCAUGACACCUUUGGAAAAGGCUGUUCUCCAACUGGAGCGCUCACAAGCCAGUGUUUCCCAGUUGUCGGUGUUUCUACUACAUUUUUUAGAUUUGCCUUGAGAGAGUCUUUAAACCUCUUUUGUUGACCACCAGCAUUACGCUUUCCAUAUUUAAAUUCAGAAUAGAGUACCGUGGUACCUCGGGUUACAUACGCUUCAGGUUACAGACUCCACUAACCCAGAAAUAGUACCUCGGGUUAAGAGCUUUGCUUCAGGAUGAGAACAGAAAUCACGUGGCAGCAGCAGAAGGCCCCAUUAGCUAAAGUGGUGCUUCAGGUUAUGAACAGUUUCAGGUUAAGAACAGACCUCCAGAACGAAUUAAGUUCUUAACCCAAGGUACCACUGUAGUUGUUUUGGGAGACGAUAAUCAGGCUUCUUCCACCCAAAGAUAUCUUGGGAUAUGUCAGUCUAUAGCAGAGCUUUCCAAACUUUUCAUGUUGGUGGUGACAUACUUUUUUAGACAUGCAUCAUUUCGCGACGCAGUAAUUCAGUUUUACUAGCAAAACGGACAUUUAACCCUUUUUCAGCCCUGGGAGGAGUGCGGGGAGCAUUCACAGGACACACCUACACUCUGUGGCCAACACACUAAUGCAGGGGUCAGCAAAGUUUUUCAGCAGGGGGCCGGUCCACUGUCCCUCAGACCUUGUAGGGGGCCGGAAUAUAUUUGGGGGGGGGGAUGAUGCAAGAGCACCACAAGCCCUGGUGACUGCUUACCUGUGUCUUGCGAGCGGUGGGGGCUGGCGGUGGCGGAGGGACGAUGAGCGGCGCGCAAAAGGGCUCCGGAGAGGGGCUCCUUAAAAUGGCAGCCGCUCAAGUGCUGCUGCUGCUGGCAAUAACAAAGCUCAGCCCCCUUCCUCCUCUAGGCAGGGCAGGGAGAAGCCAGAAGGAGGGAGGGAGGAGGCGCUGCCACUGCUGCCGCCAUGUGAGGGAGAGGGAAAGAGCACACGCACUGGUGAUCCACGUGGCGAUUCCCGGACCGUCCGUGGGCCGGAUCCAGAAGGCAAUUGGGUUUGAUCCGGCCCGUGGACCUUAGUUUGCGUAGGUAAAGGUAAAGGGACCCCUGACCAUUGGGUCCAGUCGUGACCAACUCUGGGUUUGCGGCGCUCAUCUCACUUUAUUGGCCGAGGGAGCCGGCGUACAGCUUCCAGGUCAUGUGGCCAGCAUGAUUAAGCCGCUUCUGGCAAACCAGAGCAGCGCACGGAAAUGCCAUUUACCUUCCCGCCAGAGCAGUACCUAUUUAUCUACUUGCACUUUAAUGUGCUUUCAAACUGUUAGGUUGGCAGGAGCAGGGACCGAACAAUGGGAGCUCACCCCGUCACGGGGAUUCGAACCGCCGACCUUCUGAUCGGCAAGUCCUAGACUCUGUGGUUUAACCCACAGUGCCACCCACGUCCCUCCUUAGUUUGCCUAGGUAAAGGUAAAGGUACCCCUGCCCGUACGGGCCAGUCUUGACAGACUCUAGGGUUGUGCGCUCAUCUCACUCUAGAGGCCGGGAGCCGGUGCUGUCCGCAGACACUUUCGGGUCACGUGGCCAGCAUGACGAAGCUGCUCUGGCGAUCCGGCAGCAGAGGAGCACACGAAAACGCUGUUUACCUUCCCGCUAUAAAGCGGUACCUAUUUAUCUACUUGCACUUAAGGGUGCUUUCGAACUGCUAGGUGGGCAGGAGCCUGGACCGAACGGUGGGAGCUCACCCCGCCGCGGGGAUUCGAACCGCCGACCAUGCGAUCGGCAAGUCCUAGGCGCUGAGGUUUUACCCACAGCGCCACCCAUGCACUAAUGUGUCACAACACACAGUUUGGAAAGUGCUGGUCUAUAGCCUGACAUUUUCUUGGAAUCCAGAAAUGCCCCACUGCUUAGCUUUUCAGAUCUGGAUUUCCUGUUGCCAAACAAACCACCCGUAUUGUCAAAUUUGGCUAGGGUGUGUGAAAAUAGCAAAAGACUGUACUUUUGCACCCGCCAGCCAUUGAUGAUUCCAUGGCUUCAUAUCACAAUUUGUCACUGCCUGCAGUAGAUUACAUGGACAUGUUUUCCCCGUGAUAUAGGAACAAGAUUAAGAUAUCAGUGCCAUCAGCAAUCACUGUGACAAGCUUACACCCAGCAAAGUUCAAAGCAGCUCUUUACAACUGCUGUAGCACGAGCCCUUUAUGACCUUUUCCCUGCUAGUAGUUCUCAAAAUUGUGUGUGUUUGUUUUUGGAACUAAGAGGCAUUCUGGUGAUAAGGACCUUAGAAUUCUCAUGAAACAUUACUGCCACUGUUUACCAUUUGUCUGUAUCUUUUCUACACCCCUGUCCAUCAAACACCACUCAAAACUAUUGCAUAACUCUGCUUUUCCAACAUGCAUUUCAGAUAAAUACCUCAGAAACACAUCUUGAAAAAGCAACAUUAUGAAGUAAUCAGAAUGGUGCUAGCCCACAUAUUCAAUAUCCACCCAUCUGCAAAUUGGCUUGAGCUGUGAUGUUGUACCCGGCCAUCAAGAAUACAGCAAGGUUUUUUUCAUGUUAGGGUUCACAUUGGCUGUCAUGGUAUAGGCCCUGCUCAACAGAGGUUCUCUCCGGAUUUCUGUAAAUCUUACGUAAAUCUCUGUCCAAAAAUUAUGGUGCUGCUCUUUGGCCAACAACCUUUAAGAGCAACUCACAAAUUACAGAACAGUUUUGCAUCCAGAUCUAAAAUAAUGCAAAAGAGUAAUACAGUGGUACCUCGGGUUACAGACGCUUCAGGUUACAGACUCCGCUAACCCAGAAAUAGUACCUCGGUUUAAGAAAUUUGCUUCAAGAUGAGAACAGAAAUUGUGCUCCAGCAGCACAGCAGCAGUGGGAGGCCCCAUUAGCUAAAGUGGUGCUUCAGGUUAAGAACAGUUUCAGGUUAAGAAUGGACCUCCAGAAUGAAUUAAGUUCUUAACCCGAGGUACCACUGUAAAAACAGCAGAAAUAAUCUGAGGCACCACUUUAAAACCAGCUGGCUGAUAUGCUGGAAUGCCUGCACUGGCGGAGGAACGGGGGGGCAGGGGGCAUACAGCCCCCGGCACCAUGGGGGAGGGCGGUACCAUCGCAGCUGCCCCCCAGAUUUGCGCCGCACACCCCCCUAUACACACUGCACCGGGAGCAUGCAGCUUCGCCUAGGACCCUCGUACCUACGGGACCGCCUAUCCCGGUAUGUCCCACAGAGAGCCUCAAGGUCCAUAAAUAGCAACACCCUAGAGGUCCCGGGCCCUAAGGAAGUUAGAUUAGCCUCAACCAGAGCCAGGGCCUUUUCAACACUGGCUCCGGCCUGGUGGAACACUCUGCCUCAUGAGACCAGGGCCCUGCAGGAUCUGAUUUCUUUCCGCAGGGCCUGUAAGACAGAGUUGUUCCACCUGGCCUUUGGCUUGGAGCCAGUUUGAUUCCCUCCCCCUCUUUUUCCUUUCUCUUCCUGUGAUGAGGCUGCAUUUUAACAUUUUAAUAUUUUACUGUUUCAAUAUUUUAAUGUUGUAUUUUAAUCUUGUUUUUAAGUUGUAUUCAUUCAACUUGUUUUUAUUAUUGCUUGUUAGCUGCCCUGAGCCCGGCCUUGGCUGGGGAGGGCGGGGUAUAAAUAAAAAUUAUUAUUAUUAUUAUGAAUGCCUGUGCAAAUAAAAACAUUGCCCGGCACUGGGAAGUUGUGAGGUGUGUGGCAUCGGGCAAUUCUACCUGGGAAAGAUUUUCCAAAUGUGGUGUGCCACUCAUGAAAGGCUCUUUCUCUCCAGUCACCACACACCUAACUUCAGGCAGCUGGGCAUCUCUAGAAGGGUAUCUGAUGAUGAUAACAUUCAGGGGAACCUAAGUUCCAAGGUAUUUGGGGAUUUUAAGAUCAGCACCAGGACUUUUAAUUGUGCCCAGAAAUGGAACCACAGCCAGUGAAGUUAUUUAAAGAUUAGAUAUGGUCUCUACAGCCCAGCCCAUUUCAAAGCCUAAUGGUUCCAAUUUCAUCUACAGUCAUACCUUGGUUCUCAAACGCCUUGGUACUCGUACGUUUUGGCUCCCGACCACCGAAAACCCAGAAGUGAGUGUUCCAGUUUUUGAAUAUUCUUUGGAACCCAAAUGUCCGAUGCGGCUUCCGAUUGAGUGCAGGAAGCUCCUGCAGCCAAUCAGAAGCCGCACCUUGGUUUUUGAAUGUUUUUGUAAGUCAAACGGUCUUCCAGAAUGGAUUAUGGAACCAUGGUACAACUGUAUAUGUUUCCACUCAAGUCUUCAAAUAUCCUGUUGGAAGCUGCCCAGAGUGGCUGGGGAGGCCCGGCCAGAUGGGCAGGGUAUAAGUAAUAAAUGAUGAUGAUGAUGAUGAUGAUGAUGAUGAUGGAAAGCACAUUGCAGUAGUCUAGCGUAGAUUACCAUGGCUGGUGGAUGCACUUGAUUGUGUUUAAUGAGAGGCAUACACACGUUUGGCUCAUAGGGCAUGUAUCAAUGUGAUGGGUUUGCGCCAUCAACAAUACGACUGUUCUUCGGCAAUCUCGCCAUUUCUUCUUGUGCUGAUUUCAGCGCUAUGACAUUUUUGAACAAAUUGCCCUUUCCCCCUCCUGUAUUCUCUUGCCAAACUCCUCAGCUUCAUUGGCAAUUAUCUUAUGCUGGCUAUGCUGUUCCACUGAAUGUAUUAAGUAAACCAGAAAAAUACGAAUGGAAUUGAUUACAAUGUGCCAAAAACAUGCAGUUAUCUUGCUUGCCAUAGCUUUGAAAUUUCCGGAUAUCCUAGCAUCAAAAAUGUCAGUGCAUUGCAAAAUGAGGGUGCUGACUAGCUGAUCACAGUGCAAGGCUGGAGCAUGUCAGCUUCCCUUGAUCUGUGAAUAAACUUUUCAGGCCAUCUUCAGGAUCUUAAUGCUCUCUUUCUUUUUAAAAAUUCAAAUACUGUUUUUAUUUAUUUUCAUGGUACAGAAGAUCGAUUUUGAGAAAACAAUUGUUACAACAAUUGUUGUCCUGAUAAAAUUAUAGACUUUUAUCAUGCCAUGUGUUAAAGUUUCAUUUAAGAACUCUUAAGAGAUCAUGCCAGGGACACGGAUGGCGCUGUGGGUUAAACCACAGAGCCUAGGACUUGCCAAUCAGAAGGUUGGCGGUUCGAAUCCCCGCGACGGGGUGAGCUCCCGUUGCUCGGUCCCUGCUCCUGCCAACCUAGCAGUACGAAAGCACGUCAAAGUGCAAGUAGAUAGAUAGGUACCACUCCAGUGGGAAGGUAAACGGCGUUUCCGUGUGCUGCUCUGGUUCACCAGAAGCGGCUUAGUCAUGCUGGCCACAGGACUCGGAAGCUGUACGUACGCAGGCUCCCUCGGCCAAUAAAGCGAGAUGAGCACCGCAAUCACAGAGUCAGCCGCAAGUGGACCUAAUGGUCAGGGGUCCUUUAAGAGAUCAUGCCACAUUUUCCCAUGAGUGCUGGGUGGAUUCCUGCCACAGUCUGAACAAUUUAUGUAUUCAAUAAACAUUUGCCAUAUGUUAUAAAAGGAAUUUGGUUGUGCUUGCCCUUUGCCGCUCUCACCUGGCAUGUUGGUUUCUCAGCUAAUGCUAUUGACCAUACUCUGUUAUACCAAAAAUCAAUGUUCAACCCCUGACCAGUUUUCCAACAUCUGGCUAUCUCCAUACGAGCAGCAGUCAACAGAAAGGCUGAAAGGUCAUCUUUAGGAUAAUUAUGAGCAGACGGGAUCCUGGUGCUUUCUAAAAUGGGCAUGGGCUCUUCUUUCUCAAAUUAACGCUACAUACCUGAUGAUACUGUACAUGCGCCACAGGUAGCAACAGAAAAUAUAUCUGCUUGAACCCCUGCUCCCCACAAAUCGUUGCCUGUGUGUUUCAAGCUUUGAAAAUCAUCUCACAAAAUCACAGCUGUUUCUGGUAGGGCAGCAGGCAUGGAGACCAACAGCAGGUGGCGCCAAAGCCAAUGACAGGUGAAGCCAUCCUAAUUCUAGUCCCGUCCCCCCUCCUUCUCUCUGCUGAGUUCCACAAGAACCAACAUUGAGACGGAGGAGGAGGAGGAAUGUGACAGGCAUUGCUAGCCUCUGCACUGCUUGUUAGAAAAAUGCAGGUAGGUGGGUCCUGUCCGACGCUGCCAGGCUGAGGUUGUGGGGCAGUUCCCCAGUCAGCCGCAGGGGUCAGCAAACUUUUCCAGCAGGGGGCCGGUCCACUGUCCCUCAGACCAUGUGGGGGACCGGACUAUUAAAAAAAAAUAAUGAACGAAUUCCUAUGCCCCACAAAUAACCCAGAGAUGCAUUUUAAAUAAAAGCACACAUUCUACUCAUGUAAAAACACACUGGUUUCCGAACUGUCCGCGGGCCAGAUUUAGAAGGUGAUUGGACCGGAUCCAGCCCCCGGGCCUUAGUUUGCCUCCCCAUGGCCUGUGGAAAGAUACAAACAAGCUGCUGUCACAUGCUUUUAACUGUCUCUAAUAUAAUGGCCACCAAAAACUUAACGCAGGCAUAUCAGAACAUUCAGGGUCUUACUACUUUAUCAGAUCCCUUUAUGUUUCGAACAGAAUUUGUGUGGAGCUGAUAGCAUGCUUUGUGUAUUCCCACAGAGUGGGGCAGUGCUGGGAUAAAGAGCUGCUAAAGCAUGGGUAGGCAACCUAAGGCCUCUGGGCUGGAUGUGGCCCAAUCACCUUCUCAAUCCGGCCCGCGGAGGGUCCGGGAAUCAGCGUGUUUUUACAUGCGUAGAAUGUGUCCUAUUAUUUAAAAUGCAUCUCUGGGUUAUUUGUGGGGCACAGGAAUUCAUUCAUAUUUUUUUUUUCCAAAAUAUACUCCGGCCCCCCACAUGGUCUGAGGGACAGUGGACCAACCCACAGCUGAAAAAGGUUGCUGACCCCUGAGCUAAAGCUUUGCCCCCCCCCCUUAAAGUCUGCAAGCCUUUGGCCAUCAACAUGACACAAGUUCCUACCUUCGCCGGGGUUUUCCUAACACAGGAAAUGGUUUGAAGCGCUUUACUUGCUCCUCAAAACACUUUUGACAGCCGCCGAAAGGAACAGCAGCCAGAUAGGUUCGGUAUAACUUUUCCCAGGCAACAUUAGCAAACGUAUUGUUUUAAAACUGCACAAUUGACUAGCAUCCUUAAUACGCUGACAGAUGAAACACUCAUCAUCGCUGUAAAGAGUAUUUUUGUGGAUUAAGGCUUUCCAUGCUGAUAUGGUGAUGACAGAAAGGGGGAGGGGGGUUUCAGUGAGGUCAUGUAUAUUUCAAGGGGCCCCUAGAGGUAUACUGUAUCUCUGUACCCCCUGCUGAAGUAUUGUCAGUGGAGACUGCACAACCAAGUUUCAGAAAUGUACCUUCCUUGCAACAUUCUCUCAUAUGGGAGAAAGUAAAGAGAUUCACUUAGAGACACCAUCACUGCAACUACAGCUAAACCUGUCCUGUGUCGCUAGUGACACCAUUGUCUAGUGUGAUAGACUCCUUUUGCAUGUAUCCCCCAGCCAGAUUGCAGACCAUUUCCCCAUAGAAGUGAAAGGGAAAUGGAACCUUCUGUUUGGAUCAACAUAUCCCUCUGUCUAGGGACACGGGUGGCGCUGUGGGUUAAACCACAGAGCCUAGGACUUGCCGAUCAGAAGGUCGGCGGUUCGAAUCCCCGCGAUGGGGUGAGUUCCCGUUGCUCGGUCCCUGCUCCUGCCAACCUAGCAGUUCAAAAGCACGUCAAAGCGCAAGUAGAUAAAUAGGUACCGCUCCGGUGGGAAGGUAAACGGCGUUUCUGUGUGCUGCUCUGCUUCACCAGAAGCGGCUUAGGCAUGCUGGCCACAUGACCCGGAAGCUGUACGCCAGCUCCCUCGGCCAAUAAAGCAAGAUGAGCGCCGCAACCCCAGAUUCGGUCACGACUGGACCUAAGGUCAGGGGUCCCUUUACCUUAUCCCUCUGUCUGCAAAUCCUCACCCUGUGUGCCAUUUCUUGCUCGUUCUCAAGUUUAGCUUGGGGCCUGCAGCAGACCAAGGUACAUACUGCACACAUUUGCAGAUGAGUUAGACAGUUUGGUGUACAGCAAUAUGGAUGGAAUGCCCUAUAGAUCUGCACACCCUGACCUCAAACAUCUCUCUCUCUCCCUCCCUCCCUGUUUUCAUAUCGCAGGGAUUGUCGAAGAUUACAAGCCUCCUUUCUUUGACAUGGUGCCAAUUGACCCCAGCUUUGACGAUAUGAAGAAAGUGGUUUGCAUCGACCAACAGACGCCCACCAUCCCAAAUCGGUUGUACUCAGACGUGGUGAGUGAUACAGCGUGAAGACUCUCUUUGUUCUAAGUAGGGAGGGUCUCUAUGCAGCCAAGGGGAGGAGACCAGCAAGCCAGAUCUCUAUCUCUUGCCCUGUCCUCCACCUUUAUAAGGAAACAAGGAGAGUGUUUAACAUCAUAGCUGGAUGUGAACUGGGCUUCCAUGUCAAAUCGAGGGACCCAGCCACAGGGGAAACUGAGCGGCACCUUCUGUGCAAAGAGAGAAAGGAUGUUCAUAACAUCUAAGAUGUCAGUCUGCAGCCUCAGGUCACAUCUACACCAUACGUUUAAUGCACAAGAAUCCCAUGCAAGAAUCCUGGAAACUGUAGUUCAUUAAGGGUGCUGGGACUUAUAGUUCUGCAAGGGUAAACUGCAGUUUCCAGAACUCUUUGGGGGAAGCCAUGUGCUUUAAAUCUAAGGGGAGGCUGUGUUGCAUUGUAGCUUUGAAAAUACCCGUUCUUGAAGGCACACAUAGGUAGCUUCUCCUACCUGUUCUUACCUUGGUCUUGCUUGCUGGUUGUUGUUGUUGUUUAGUCAUUUAGUCGUGUCCGACUCUUCGUGACCCCCUGGACCAGAGCACGCCAGGCACGCCUGUCUUCCACUGCCUCCCGCAGUUUGGUCAAACUCAUGCUGGUAGCUUUGAGAACAGUGUCCAACCAUCUCGUCCUCUGUCGUCCCCUUCUCCUUGUGCCCUCCAUCUUUUCCAACAUCAGGGUCUUUUCCAGGGAGUCUUCUCUUCUCAUGAGGUGGCCAAAGUCUUGGAGCCUCAGCUUCAUGAUCUGUCCUUCCAGUGAGCACUCAGGGCUGAUUGCCUUCAGAAUGGAUAGGUUUGAUCUUCUUGCAGUCCAUGGGACUCUCAAGAGUCUCCUCCAGCACCAUAAUUCAAAAGCAUCAAUUCUUCGGCGAUCAGCCUUCUUUAUGGUCCAGCUCUCACUUCCAUACAUCACUACUGGGAAAACCAUGGCUUUAACUAUACAGACCUUUGUUGGCAAGGUGAUGUCUCUGCUUUUUAAGAUGCUGUCUAGGUUUGUCAUUGCUUAAUGACAAACCAUGCUUAAUGCUUAAUGUCAUUAAAAGCAGGCGUCUUUUAAUUUCGUGACUGCUGUCACCAUCUGCAGUGAUCCUGGAGCCCAAGAAAGUAAAAUCUCUCACUGCCUCCAUUUCUUCCCCUUCUAUUUGCCAGGAGGUGAUGGGACCAGUGGCCAUGAUCUUCGUUUUUUUGAUGUUGAGCUUCAAACCAUAUUUCCGCUCUCCUCUUUCACCCUCAUUAAAAGGUUCUUUAAUUCCUCCUCACUUUCUGCCAUCAAGGUUGUGUCAUCUGCAUAUCUGAGGUUGUUGAUAUUUCUUUCGGCAAUCUUAAUUCCGGCUAGGGAUUCAUCCAGCCCAGCCUUUUGCAUGAUGAAUUCUGCAUAUUAUUUAAAUAAGCAGGGAGACAAUAUACAGCCUUGCCGUACUCCUUUCCCAAUUUUGAACCAGUCAGUUGUUCCAUAUCCAGUUCUAACUGCACCUUCUUGUCCCACAUAGAGAUUUCUCAAGAGACAGAUUAGGUGAUCAGGCACUCCCAUUUCUUUAAGAACUUGCCGUAGUUUGCUGUGGUCGACAUAGUUUGCUUGCUGGUACCCUUCCCCAGCCUGCUGUAACAAUGAAGCCAAGAGUUCCCCAGGCACCCUGCAAAGUAUGCAAGAAACAAAGGACCCAGCAAAGGAAAGGGCAAGCAGGAGAAGCUGCAGUUUCUGGAUCAGCAAUUUUUAAUGGGCUGAGCAGUCCUCUGACAUGAAAUUGGCAAAACCUUGAGUUCAAAUUGUGACACUGGGGUAGGGAACCUGUGGCUCAUCAGCUGUUGCUGGACUCCAGCUCCCACCAUCACUGACCAUUGGCCAUGCUGGCUAGGGCAGAUGGGAGUCCAAUAGCAGCUGGAGGGCCACAGCAUCCCCCAACCUGCUGCCCUAAGGCAGAUCUGGUUUAGGCAGAGCAUUCUGUGUUGUGUAUGUUACAAAAAUUGGGUGCCUCCCCUCCUCUCUGCUGAGUUGCAGCAAGAUUCCAGGGGGUUCCAGGCAUUCACGCAGGGUCUGUGGUCCUUGGGAGAACGGAGACACGGCAGAGACUGUUGUCGCUUUAAGAAAUAUGAUUGAUCCACCUAUUUACACCUUAAGUCUCCAUGGAGGGAGUCCAGCUCUUACAACACGCUCAUUUCAAGAGGGGCUUGCACCCCACAGCAGUGCAACCCUAGAGUCCAAGGUAUCUCUGCCUGGCAGCCUUCAGCCAGCCUGCCCAAGAUGGAUCCCAGUCUUUCUUCCUUCUUCCCAGCAACGCUUGCUCAAGACUCUCUUUUCCUGUCACCUCACACCCAAUUAACUCUGGCAACCUUCCGAACCCCGUCUCUGUUCACACCUGGGGCAAGGGGAUGGGGACAGUUCUCUUGCAUUGCCAAUGGUCCUCAAUGGCCCUGUAUUGUUUCUUAAUGGCCCUAGUGUUUUUGGUUUUUUUGCAUGAGCUAGCCCAAUAAUUCCUCUGCAGCUCACAUUUCUCCCUUCACAUCCCAGAUAGUCAAAAUCCUACCAUUUAUUAAUUUCUAGAGUUUUUUGGGGGGGUCCCCCUGCCAAAUCUAUAAUAUGUAGAUUUGCAAUCACCCUGUGGCAUUAGGAUACAACAUUUGCAUCCCUGGUGAUCUCCACUUAUCUUUCCAGUUAAUUAAAUAAGGAAAUGCCUUGCUGUAAAGAUAACAAUAUGAAUCUGUGUGGGCAUUGCCGGGUGGAAUCUCAGGAGCUCAGAGAGAGGAUGACCAGGACUUUGGGUGGUCGGGAGAUAAGGCUCAAGCUCAGAGUGGUUCUGCCCUCUACAGCAGCAGCAGCAGCAGCAACAACAACAACAAUAAUAAUAAUAAAAUUUUAUUAAAACCCCACCCUUCCCGGUUCAAAAACCAGGCUCAGGGCAACUAACAACAAAUUUAAAACACUUAAUUGUAAAAGCAGCAUAAAAUACAGUAUAAAAACAUGAAUAACAAUAAAAUUCAAAAAUCAAUUUAGGGGAAAUAAGCAUUAGAUAAUCCCCAGGGCUAGCUGGCUGAAUUGGUCCUACUUGGGCCAGCGAGGGGGCCAGGGGAGAAUUAGCUGUGGGGUCUCAGAGCAGGUAAUCUUCAUAAAAGGGGAGGGGGAGGGAAGAGAAGGGAAAUAAAAGAUCAGGCUGAAUUCAGAUUAAAGGCCAGGCAGAAUAGCUCUGUCUUACAGGCCCAAUGGAAGGAGGUUAAAUCCUGCAGGGCCCUGGUCUCAUGGGACAGAGCAUUCCACCAGGUCGGAGCAAUCACUGAAAAGGCCCUGGCCCUGGUGGAGCAUAGUCUGACAUCCUUAGGGCCCGGGACCUCUAAACUAUGGUUAUUCAUGGACUUUAAGGUCCUCUGUGGGGCAUACCAGGAGAGGCGGUCCGGUAAAUACGAGGGCCCUAAGCCACAAAGGGCUUUAAAGGUCAAGACCAACACCUUGAACCUGACCCUAUACUCCGCAGCAUAAGAAUUAAAAGUGUACACACUGUGAAUACAUGAAAACCAGGUUUCGGUUGCUUUGUGCAAGUAAGAGAUGGGCAACCUCCAGGAUGCUAUUGGACUCCAACUUGCAUUAGCCCCAGCUAUCAUGGACAAUCUAGGAACGCGGGUAGCACUGUGAGUUAAACCACAGAGCCUAGGACUUGCUGAUCAGAAUGUCGGCGGUUCGAAUCCCCGCGACGGGGUGAUCUCCCAUUGCUCGGUCCCUGCUCCUGCCAACCUAGCAGUUCGAAAGCACGUCAAAGUGCAAGUAGAUAAAUAGGUACCACUCCGGCGGGAAGGUAAAUGGCAUUUCCGUGCGCUGCUCUGGUUUGCCAGAAGCGGCUUAGUCAUGCUGGCCACAUGACCCAGAAGCUGUACGCCGGCUCCCUCAGCCAAUAAAGCGAGAUGAGCGCCGCAACCCCAGAGUCGGUCGCAACUGGACCUAAUGGUCAGGGGUCCCUUUACCUUUUAACAAUGCUUUACAACAGACCAGGGAGGCAUUUGUCUUAUUGCUCUCGAGCAACCCCCUGAUACCCGUAACACUAGCCUAUAAGGGAAACGUUUCAGCUUCCUAUAGCAUGGAAUUUUUUUUUUAAAAAAAUCACAAUGUGAACUGAUUCACAAAUCCACAUUUAAGGUGCCUGCAGGAGAUAGGCUAAGUGAGUGUGGCUUGAGGCUUUUCACCCAUGAGAAUCUGGUAAAGGAAUUGUGUGUCUGCUUCCUUAUGCAGACAGAUCCAGAUUUUUCAUUGCAGGACUGCAUUCCACCACCCUUCCCUGAGCUUUGUUUAGAUUUGUUAUCAUGGCGAAGCAGUUGUAUAACCCUUCCACCACACACCCAGGAGGGAAAAAAUGCAAGUGCUGCCACCAGUUCUUCCUGCUUUUUCACUGUGAACAGACACAAAGUCUGCAAACCUAAUGGAUCAGGUUCAACAUGGGGAUUUAAAAAGUGUGUCGCUGUUUUCUUUGUACGCUUCGGACCAGAAGUGUGAACUGAAGCUGUGCGACACCAGAAAUACAUCUGCUUAGGAGUACAAAUUGUUGCUGGGCUUCCAUCGGAGUAAGCAUGAAUAGUAUUGAGCUGCUUUUUUUUAGAAAAUUCAUAUAAGAUUGAAUGAAGAGAAGACAGAUGAAAGAAGUAACGUUGGCACUGGGUUUGAGGGGGACUUCAGCAAAGGGCCUUUUGGUAAGCCCAGGUCGGCUUUCCUGUCAGCGACAAGCCCAUAGCUGUCAACCGUCCCUUAUUUGGCGGGAAAGUCCCUUAUCCCAGCACCGUGUCCCACUGCUGUCCCUUAUUGAUGAUGUCCCUUAAAUUUCCCGGGUUUCAAAGGAAGCAGCUCCUCUCCCUCCCUCCCUGCUGGCCAGGGAGGAGGGAGGCUCCAACUGUGUUGCUUGGCUGCGUUGCUCUCCCAAUAAGGAGUCUAAGAACGACGGGGGGGUGGAGCUUGCAUGCCUUGUGCAGAUCAAAUCGGCCGCGUUGCCUGGGGACUCGCCUUUGCUCAGCGCUUCCCAGUGGAGAGGUGGUUUUCCUUGCUGCAUCCCCUUUGCCGGGUUGCUGCGCUGUGGGAACCACCGCUUGAGGCUUUGUUUGGCUGCUGGCUGGGUUUUCUGCCUUUGGCUUGGAGGGGCUCAGAAGUUGAACAUACCUGUGCUUGGAAAAUCCCUUAUUUUGGCUGCUGAUCCCUUAUUUUCGAGGCUGCUGGUCCCUUAUUUUCAAAUCUGUAAGUUGACAGCUAUGGACAAGCCACUGACAAAAGACUGGCAAGGCUGCCAUCAGCGCUGGGUGGACUGAGCCACCAUUUUAAUUUCCCACCGUUCUCCUGAGCAUUGCUUUGGCAAGUGGGGGGGUGGGAAACCGAAUGGCACCAGGUGCUGGGGGCCCAGGGAAUAUUAGUACUGAUGCCAAGCCUGUAAAGGAACUUAUUGCCACACAAACUAAACCCGACAAAAAGAAAAUAUGUCCCAGCAAAAGAAAAAAAAGAAACAUUGGGAUCGGAACAUAAAAUUCUACAAAGUAAUACGAUAUAAACUAAGUAUGUGAAAAUUUUGUAUCAUGAACAAAUUAACACUAACAAAACCUUUAAAUUCUCAUUUUAAAAAUGCAACUCAGCCUGAGCAUAACUAAACCAAAUGCAAUUCAACCAUAAGUCUUCUUCAGUGGUCUAUAGACGCACAGAUGUACAGAACAUAAAACAUAUACCAAAAAAAGAGAUUAAAAUGAAUAUUUAAAAUGUUAUUCCAGUGUUAAUUUGCCUACAUUCAUGAUAUAAAGCUUUUGUGGGAUUAAUUCAUACUUUGUGGGAUUUUUAUGUUCAGCUCCCAAAAAGUUAUUUUCAUACAGUUCAUUCUUGCACAAUAAGGACAACAUAUAUCAAAGUAUCAGUACACUCUUGAGUCAUUAUAGCAGAUCCAGAAAUAUGAGAGAAAAAGCCAUCCAAAUAGGGUAUUGAAUGAAUAUAUGAAAGAGGGGUGGGAUCCAGAAUGGGUUACGAAAGACCUUUUCCAUACUUAUGACCAUCCAAGGCAGCAUAAUCCACAGAAGAAGGCGGAAACCAUUAACUCAUUCUGUUCCAAGGCUUGGCCUGAGUUAGUAGCAAUUUUUAUUGCCAAGUGUUCAUGUGAAAUUUGGGCAACUGCAGAUCACAUCCAAACAGCAGAGAAAAGGAGGGGGGGAUUCAGUUGAUCUUCCAUUUAGUUUGGGCUGGGUGUUCAUCAGUAUGCAGAUGAUACCCAGCUCUACCUCUCUUUCAAAUCAGAACCAGUGAAGGCAGUGAAUGUUAUGUGUGAGUGUUUGGAGGCGGUUGGAGAAUGGAUGGCGGCUAACAGAUUGAGGUUGAAUCCUGACACGACAGAAGUGCUGUUUUGGGGGGGACGGGGGCAGGCAGGUGUGGAGGAUUCCCUGGUCCUGAAUGGGGUAACUGUGCCCCUGAAGGACCAGGUGCGCAGCCUGGAAGUCAUUUUGGACUCACAGUUGACCAUGGAAGCGCAGGUUAAUUCUGUGUCCAGGGCAGCUGUCUACCAGCUCUGUCUGGUACGCAGGCUGAGACCCUACCUGCCCGUAGACUGUCUCGCCAGAGUGGCGCAUGUUCUGGUUAUCUCCCGCUUGGACUACUGCAAUGCGCUCUACGUGGGGCUACCUUUGAAGGUGACCCGGAAACCACAACUAAUCCAGAAUGCAGCAGCUAGACUGGUGACUGGGAGUGGCCACUGAGACCAUAUAACACCGGUCUUGAAAGACCUACAUUGGCUCCCAGUAUGUUUCCGAGCACAAUUCAAAGUGUUGGUGCUGACCUUUAAAGCCCUAAACAGCCACAGCCCAGUAUACCUGAAAGAGCGUCUCCACCCGCAUCAUUCAGCCCAGACACUGAGGUCCAGCUCCGAGGGCCUUCUGGCGGUUCCCUCACUGCAAGGAGUGAGGUUACAGGGAACCAGGCAGAGGACCUUCUCGGUGGUGGUGCCCGCCCUGUGGAAAUAAACAACAAUCUAACUUUUAGAAGACAUCUGAAGGCAGCCCUGGUUUGGGGAAGUUUUUAAUGUUUGAUCUUUUAUUGUGUUUUUAGUAUUCUGUUGGGAGCCGCCCAGAGUGGCUGGGGAAACCCAGCCAGAUGGGCGAGAUAUAAAUAAUAAAUUAUCUUUAUCUUUAUCUUUAUCUUUAAGAGGUAUACUCUGCAUUUCAUUUUAAUGAUCUCCAAGGCAGAUUACAAACAACACAAAAGCCAUGAUAGCUCCCAGCUCCCCUCUGGGCAUUGUGACCCCGCAGAGAGUCAGUGAGGUGUGGGGUGGACAUUUUAUUUCCAGCUCCCUGGCAUUUUUGCUGUUGCUGUCCAUAUGGGACCCUCACACACACACACACCCGAAGUGUGCUGCUAUGUACGGAUAUCUGCACAUUGUUCUCACUUUCCAACACCCUAGGCUGAAUGCUUAGAAAGCUUCCAAGCAGUUCCCCCCUGAGAAUUAUUGGAUGUGUAGAGAGAUGGCCCCAGUGUUGCAGAGAUGGCAUCAAUUACUCUGGCUCGCUCAGAAAAAAGAUAUUUCUGUCCGCAUCGGUUAAAUUGAGAGUCUCCCUCAGUCUUCAGAGAUCCAGCUUCCUCAUGAAGACUGAGCCACAUUUAACUGCCACUUCAACUGGAACCCUAUUUGAAAAUCCCACACACACCCCUCAGCCCCUUCCCUUGGAAUACAGCCGUGUGCAAAUUAGUCUCCUGGCUGCUUUUAUAGGUGUAAUUUUUCCGGGCCUCCCCUUUUCCUGUCUGCAAAUGAGAGGCAAAAACUGUUUCUCGGAACGCAGAAACCAGCUUGUGUACUGAGUCGCACUAUUAGUCCAUGUGCCUCUACUCUAACUUGAAGCGUUUCAGAUAGGAGUGUAUCUCAGCCCUGCCUGGAGCAGCCAAAUCUGAACCCGGGACCUUUUGAAUAAAUGCAAAACAUCUAAUCAUAGGUUUGUAGGAUCCUAUCAUUGCUAAAGUUUAAGUCCAGUGCCAGCAGGUGGCCAGGUUGGGCCUUGGAAGAGCUUCUCACUCACCCAGCUUCCAACAUAUAUAAAAACAUAAUAAAACAUUACACAUUAAAAGGCUUCCCCAUACCUUCAGCUGUAUUCUAAAAGUUUAAAAGUUACUCAUCUUCUUGACAUCUGAUGGGAGAGUGUUCCACAGGGUGGGUGCUACUACCGAAAAGGCCCUGUGCCUGGUUCCCUGUAGCUCCACUUCUCACAGUGAGGGAACCAGCAGAAGGCCCUCAGAGAUGGAUCUCAGUGUCCGAGCUGAACGGUGAGGGUGGACAUGCUCCUUAAACAGCAACCAAGCACAGUUUCCAUCUGCCGUCUCAAUUUUCCCAAAAUACAAUGUCCUGGCCUAUUGCUCUAUGAGACGUGACCAGAACUGGGAUUGGAGUCGCCACCUAAUUUUAUCUAAAAUGAAAUGCUGCGGUAAUUUGGGAGUUUCCCACUCAGGAGAAACAUCUAAAGCAUGUUGAGAGAAGAAAAAAAAGGUUUGGUGUGACUAGCAUACCACUCAAACCAAUGUAAGUGGGGCAUCCUGGAAUUAUAGAAACCUUUCUUGGCUUCUGAUUGGAUCCUGGAAUGUCUUUUUUCUUUCUUUCUUUCUUUCUUUUUUUUUUUGGUCCAGCACUCUGGUGCAAGUCAGCUGGUUCGCACCAGAACGCUGGACCAAAAGAUGUUCGUUUUUUUGUCUUGACCUCUGGCGUGAGUCAUUUGGUUCCUACAAGAGCUCGGGACCAAAAUAAUAAUAAUAAUAAUAAUUAUUAUUAUUAUUAUUAUUAUUAUUAUUAUUAUUUAUUUAUUUAUUGUACCCUGCCCAUCUGGCUGGGUUUCCCCAGCCACUCUAGGCGGCUUCCGCAAAGACCAAAAAUACACUAAGAUGUCACACAUUAAAAACUUCCCAGAAGAUGUCUUCUGAAUGUCAGGUAGUUAUUUAUCUCUUUGACAUCUGAUGGGAGGGCAUUCCACAGGGCGGGCACCACUACUGAGAAGGCUCUCUGCCUGGUUCCCUGUAGCUUUGCUUCUUGCAAUGAAGGAACCGCCAGAAGGCCCUCGGCGCUGGACCUCAGUGUCCGGGCAGAACGAUGGGGGUGGAGACGCUCCUUCAGGUAUAUUGGGCCGUGGCUGUUUAGGGUUUUAAAGGUCAACACCAACACUUUGAAUUGUGCUCAGAAACGUACUGGAAGCCAAUGUAGGUCUUUCAAGACCGGUGUUAUGUGGUCUCGGCGGCCGCCCCCAGUCACCAGUCUAGCUGCCGCAUUCUGGAUUAGUUGUAGUUUCCGGGUCACCUUCAAAGGUAGCCCCACGUAGAGCGCAUUGCAGUAGUCCAAGCGGGAGAUAACUAGAGCAUGCACCACUCUGGCGAGACAGUCCGUGGGCAGGUAGGGUCUCAGCCUGCGUACCAGGUGGAGCUGGUAGACAGCUGCCCUGGAUACAGAAUUGACCUGUGCCUCCAUGGACAGCUGUGAGUCCAAAAUGACUUCCAGGCUGCGCACCAGGUCCUUCAGGGGCACAGUUACCCCAUUCAGGACCAGGGAAUCCUCCACACCAGCCCGCCCCCUGUCCCCCAAAAACAGUACUUCUGUCUUGUCAGGAUUCAACCUCAAUCCAUUAGCCGCCAUCCAUCCUCCAACCGCCUCCAGGCACUCACACAGGACCUUCACUGCCUUCACUGGUUCUGAUUUGAAAGAGAGGUAGAGCUGGGUAUCAUCUGCAUAUUGAUGAACACCCAGUCCAAACCCCCGAUGAUCUCUCCCAGCGGCUUCAUAUAGAUGUUAAAAAGCAUGGGGGAGAGGACGGAACCCUGAGGCACCCCACAAGUGAGGGCCCAGGGGUCUGAACACUCAUCCCCCACCACCAUGAAAAUAAAAUGAGCGUCCCAAUUUGGAUUACCUGGACAAUGGAGGGUAUGGAUUAGUGAAAUUUGGGAGUGGUGGGGAAGAGGGUUCCACGCAUCCCUAACCAACGUUCUACAUAUACAGGAUUCUGAGCAUGUAAAAUUAUACUAGAGGAAAACCUAUAGUAGUUGAAUGUUCAUAGAAUCAUAGAAUCAUAGAGUUGGAAGAGACCACAAGGGCCAUCGAGUCCAACCCCCUGCCAAGCAGGAAACACCAUCAGAGCACUCCUGACAUAUGGUUGUCAAGCCUCUGCUUAAAGACCUCCAAAGAAGGAGACUCCACCACACUCCUUGGCAGCAAAUUCCACUGUCAAACAGCUCUUACUGUCAGGAAGUUCUUCCUAAUGUUUAGGUGGAAUCUUCUUUCUUGUAGUUUGGAUCCAUUGCUCCGUGUCCGCUUCUCUGGAGCAGCAGAAAACAACCUUUCUCCCUCCUCUAUGUGACAUCCUUUUAUAUAUUUGAACAUGGCUAUCAUAUCACCCCUUAACCUCCUCUUCUCCAGGCUAAACAUGCCCAGCUCCCUUAGCCGUUCCUCAUAAGGCAUCGUUUCCAGGCCUUUGACCAUUUUGGUUGCCCUCCUCUGGACACGUUCCAGUUUGUCAGUGUCCUUCUUGAACUGUGGUGCCCAGAACUGGACACAGUACUCCAGGUGAGGUCUGACCAGAGCAGAAUACAGUGGCACUAUUACUUCCCUUGAUCUAGAUGCUAUACUCCUAUUGAUGCAGCCCAGAAUUGCAUUGGCUUUUUAGCUGCCGCGUCACACUGUUGGCUCAUGUCAAGUUUGUGGUCAACCAAGACUCCUAGAUCCUUUUCACAUGUACUGCUCUCAAGCCAGGUGUCCCCCAUCUUGUAUUUGUGCCUCUCGUUUUUUUUGCCCAAGUGCAGUUGUUCCUGUGUGAAAAUAAUAUUCCUCCUCCUCCCCUUUCUCUCUCCCUCUGUCUCCCCUCGCCCCUGCCUCCCAGACUUUGUCCGCCCUGGCCAAGAUCAUGAAGGAAUGCUGGUUCCAGAGCCCCCCAGCCCGACUCACAGCUUUGAGGAUUAAAAAGACACUGAAAAAACUCAGCGACUCCUUCGACAAACCCAAACAGCACUCGUAA